AUGUCGUACUACAAGGACCGUCUGGGGUUCGACCCGGACGAGCCGACGGCCAACGGGGACGGCACGACCGCGACGUUCCGCAAGUCGAAACGCGGUUACGAGGAGAACCUGUGCAAAUUUAAAGGUUUGUCAUAGCAAUAUUUUACAAGUUAUAACAACGUAAACGUUUUAUAUUAUACCUAUAUGCAUUAUUUUUUCCUCUACAUUAUCAUUACGCGCAGCCCUAUAUUUUCUUACAAACUUUUAGCGCCGCGAAUUAACGAGGUCAACCGCGAACCUACGCCGUAGCGGUGUUCAUUGCAUAUUGUGUAGAGUGUAGCGCACAGUAAGUUGUACGAUAAUAUAGGCAGUAUACCUGUACGCCGGGUAUAGCAGUCGCCUAGCGGCCCUCGACGCCACGCGCGCGACACAUUUCUUUACGCCGGGCCGUUGCAGCACCGCCGGGGCGACCGGCGGCCGCAGUGGCGGCGCCUCGCGGCCGGCCAAGGUCUGUAUAGGCGCGUGGAUCACGCUGCGUGCGCGGGCGGACGGCCGGAUACGUCCUCUCGGUGGCGUCGAAUCAUCUCGUAUGUCCGUUGCCCGGUACACCGUGUACGACAUUAAAUCCCAACACUGGAUCCGCGUCGCUCGUCUGCGCUAAUCACCAAUACGGUGUGGUGUUCUAUAGUUACCGUUGAAUCAUUCGAAUUUUCGAUGCACGUUUAUAAAAAAAGUUGCAGGUACCCGCAACGUGUAAGGCAGACAUUUAUACGCCCUAACCCAACAUUCUGAAAUACACGCCGAUGUGUGCGCUUAAAACAUUCACUAGAAAAAAAAACUAUACAAAUCACGUUUAAAACGCAUUGAAAAUGUACUGAAUUUUAAUUAUGUUCCAAAAUUGUAUGAAAUUGAAAACAUCAAAACCCCAAAAUAAAUUGUUGAAUAGAAAAUCGUGUAGUCAUGAAACUCGUUUUUGGUAUAAAUCAGAUAUAUUAGCAUAGUAAAAUUAUUGUGAUUUAAUGCCGUUAAAAAUCGCAAAAUAAAAAAAACGUUUUAAAAUUAAAAACACAUUUUGGAGUCUUGGUGCUAAUAUUUUGUAAAAAUGUUAUAAAAGUUCAAUUUAAUUACACUUGUCGGAAAAUUUAAAAUAAAAGUUGCAUUGAAAAAAAACCUUCGGUAUCACCCAUGUAAAACUUAUUUUCAUUGUAACCAAGGGAAAUAUAAAAAAGUAAGGGAAUUUAUGUAAAAUGUGUUUGAAUUUAAAUUUCAAAAAUUAUAAUAAUUUUGAUUUACGUGUAAAUUACUCCUGUUCUCAAUAUGAAAAUAUUGUAAAAUUGGUUAAAAACACCCCCCCCAGAGUUAUAUUAUUUCGUGUUUAUUAUUUGUCGCUUGUUUAAGUAUUGUAGAUUAAUUUUUUUUUUUUAGUUUUAUAAAAAUACCUAUUACAUUUUAAAGCAUAUUAUAAUAUUAUAUUAGUGUUAUUCAUUUUUCUUUUCGUAUAUCGUGUUUAUUGAAAUAUAAUUUUGACUUCUCAAGGAAUGAAAUUGAAAAAAACAAUUCAAUUCAUAUCAAUGUACAAUAUACGCAGUAUUAUAUUAUUUACUUUAUUUACUCAGCUGGUGUAGGAUAAAAUCUAAAAAAAAUCCGGGAAAAUGUAUAACGGAAUAUAUCGUGACGGAUAAGUGAUUUUUUUUUCUAUUUAAGGUUUUUAAACACUGUUAGUAUAGACAAAUCGUUGGGUUUUUGUUUCGGAACGAUGUUGAUACUAGAAGAUUAUACGUCUAAGAAAAAAAAGGGGGAAUUAGUCACCAUGUUGUGUGUGAAUUGACGCUCGUUUUGGCGCUGUAUCCGAUAUACCGGGAAUUUUUUUAUUUCAAUUUACGUAUACGGUACAAAAAUAUAUUUAGGAGGUCUAUAAAAAAAAGUUUUACGGUAUACGACCGCGAAUACGGAAUUACAGGACGUGAUGACGUCCGAACGAAAAUUACUCGUAUACACAAUUAAAUGCUACGACGAGUUAUCCUCAAUAACAAUGAUUUAGUUGAGUUAAAAAUGUUCCGGAAAAUAAUGAGGUUAAGUAAUGUUAAAAAUUAUAUGUAAUAUGUAAUCGAAGGUGCAAGUUAAUGCAAAUAACUAACUCGAUUAAUUUGAGGUAAAUAAACAAAUCAAUUUAACUUGUUAAAAUAAGUAUAAAGUUGAAAUGUAGAAUUGCGUUCAUAUGAUUCAGUUCAAAGUGUUUAAUAAUAAUUAAUACAUAAUAUUUAUAUAUUUACGUAUAGCAUUUACGUAUUUUUAAUUUAUUUAAAAAUUAACUAUCACAUUAUAAAUAUUAAUAGAAACUCUGAUAUUAUGAACUUAGUAACAUAUUGUAGUGACCGAGAACAGUCAAUCAGGAUUGAAUUUCGAAAUAAAUCGUUCGUUUUAAAUACGUUAACUCAACGGGAUGUCUGGAUGUUAGUGAAAAUAAAUUGAAAAAGUUCAGUAAACAAAAUGAAAACUUAAAACUAGCUGUGUUCAUUAUUUAACGAUAAAAAUAAAUAACAAGAAAAGUUUGAAAGUUCAACAAAAAUUAACUUGAGCUUUUCAACUGCCAUUGUAUUCAAUUUAUAUAUCAAGUGAGCAUUUAGUAGCAGUUCUGUUUGUAAUUACAUAGUAUACAGAUUUACAGAUACGAUUUUAAAUACUCGCCUCAUAUAUACGUUUAUUAUUUUUUUAAAUUAGCGGUUAAAAGUGUAUAAUCGGUUAAUAAUGAUAUAACAUUACAAUAUGUUUGCACAUCCAGAUAAAUAAUAAAUAUAACAUUGCUUAUUGUUAUAUAAUUAUUAAUUUUCAAUAGGACGAAUAGUAGGUCUACUAUUAUUAUUAUUAUUAUUACAUAACGCGUGUAUAAUAUUAUGUACAGUGCGAUCAUAACAUAAUAAUAGAAUAAUGGCCACUAGUAUGAUAUGAUUGUCAUUGUUCUCCGGUAGGUGUAAAAAAAAAAAUAAUAAUAUAUAAUAAGAUCUAAUAAAAAAUACGAUAUUUAUCCCGAAGGGGGGAAAAAUACCGAACAACGCGAUUUCCUCGCACUUUUGAAUUUCUUGUUUUAUUUACGGUACAUAAUGUAUACCUAGGUAUUAUGCGAGUAUACCUAAUCCGGAAUGACAAACCCCGGGGUGUGGAUCGAGAGUAGGCGAAUGCGGUGUGGGCAGGGUAUAUAUACCGGUGGUUUUUGCCGCCGCCGCCGUCGUUGGUGUGUAUAUUAUUAAAAUAAUGCAGCAUAUUAAUGCAUUGCCAAAUAAGGAACAGAUCGAAAUAAUAAUGGCCAAAAAUAAGAAUACCUACUAGAAAGAAAAAAAAAUGAUUAUGAAGCCGUUGGUGAAGCCCGGUCAUCAUCAUCGUCAUCGUCGUAGCAUUUAAUCAAUAUAUACUUACCUCCCGACGAUACCUACCUAUCAAUUAUUUAGUGCAGCGAUACGAAAACGGAGACGUAUAUACUCGAAUCGUCUCGACGAUCGUCAUAGUGAAUCGUGAUCAAUCGUUUUUUUUUUCAUUGUUUUUUUGUUUUGUUUUUUUUCAAUUAUAUUUACACUCGUUAUUAUUAAAAUCGUCAAGUCGAUUCUGUGCCGCCACGCCGUAUCAUAUAAUUAUGUAACAUUUUAUUAGUGUACUGCAAUAACCGAGAUAAUGGUAUUAAUUAUUUAUAUUAUUAUACACGGGUUGAUUCAGUACGUUAUUAAUAUGUGAUACACGACAAAUAUGCUCAAUGGCAUUUUUGUUCCGUUCGAUAUUAUAAUUUCAAUAAAUAUCACGACGACCCUUAGAUACAAGCUCUUUUUUUCAGCGGGCUUAGAAAAAAAAAAAUGUAUGUAUUGGAAAAAAAGUUUUAUCGCGUUUGUCAAAUCGUACCAAAUCAAUGUAUGGGUAUUGUAUGAAAACGAUAGCAUACUUACAAUCUGUACAACAGCAUAAUAUAAUUAUAAUAUAACCGUGUUUAAUUUUCAAUCAUCAUCAAUAAUAUAUUUGUAGUAGAACUUUUAUUUAUCACAGUCGAGAUAUGGAUGAAAAAAAUGUUUAGUUGCAUUAUAUUAGAUUUUAUACCGCUCGAGAAAUGUGUUGGUUUUACUAUAAUAUUUUUCUUUUUGAGUCUGUAAACAACUUUUCUACUAGAAAUAUUGUUUCAAUGAAAAAUUUUCCUGUAUAGUGAUCUAUAAUUGGUGCAUUUGGAAGUCCUUUUUUAUUUUCCUUGUAGUCUUCUUAAUGGAUGGCGAAAACUGGUAUUUGUAUACAUAAUUCUAGUUGAUUUCUGAGUUACCUCGGCAACAUGGGCAAUAAUACGACUAAUAUUAUUAAACUCAGAAUCCUUUUUUCGUUGGUUAUUGUUUGUCGUUGCGUACAUUUAUUAUUUAAAUAACUAUAUUAUAUGCUUUCCUAAAACAGCACACCCAUCCACAGUGUCAGCAAUUUAUUGUAUGUAUAUAUUAUGUAAAUAUUUUUAAAAUAAUACUUUUUAUAAAACAAACUAUAUAUAUAUAUAUAGAUGUUUUAACUCGAUCUCGGAGUUGUUAAUAAAACAAUAUAAUUAAUUGCAUUUAUUUAAGUAUAAUAUGUAUGUGUAUUUUUAUUUAAUAUCCAUGCCUGCAUUUUUCGGUAGCUUAUUGCAGUGAUAAAACGAUUUAAUUGGUAAUAAAACGGAACAAAGCUUAAAUAUGUUUACAUAUUAUAAUGUAUACCAUACGAUAUUAUGAUGAUUUUAGAUUUCACUGUACACAAGACGGUUAUUUUUUUAGUCCUUCGAGUCAUAUAGACUUAUAGAAGUACCUCGAUUUAUACUAUUAUUUUCAUUUAAAUUUCGUUUUGUAAGCGGUUUACAUUUUGAUACGCUUAAAGCUAUACAUUUUCAUUGUACGGUAGACUUCACGAUACUAUAUUACAAAUAUAAUAUGCGAUACUUACCUUUAUACAUUUUAUUUUGAUCAGAUAUUUCCGUUAUCUUGUAAUUUCCUUCUAUAAUAAUUCGAAAUAGUAUGUAAUACCCACGAGUGGUGUAGCUAUUUUGCGUGAUAUUUCAACUGGUUUAAAUAAGCCUUGAAAAAAGCCUUAUUUUUCUUGUGGUUAUUUUGCAAAGUACAUAAUAUUAAUAUUUACCAACUACAAUAAUAAUUAUUAGUACUUAAAUGAGUUAUAGUGUAACUUUGUAAUAAUUAUUGUUUGAUUAGUAAUGCAUUUUCAAUGCUGAAUAAAGUUGAUAUAAACUUUUUUUUUUCAAUAUUUUAAUACGGUUAAUGCGAUGGGGGAGGGGACUGAAUUCUCUUAACCCCCUCUCCCUCUCUCUGAGUUUGAAGCUGAGUAAUGUACUUAUAUGUUAUAAUUUAUUUAGUCUGAAAACAUAAAACUCACAUUAUUAGUGAAUUGCACACAAAUUUGUUAUUGAUAUAGUAUCGUAUCGUAUAUUAAAUAUUAUGAUUCUCAAUAUAAUACGCACGAGUACCCACUUGUCAAAAGUCACUGUAUAAUAAGGUCAGUCAGUCGAUACAACAUAAUAAUAAUAGUUCAACGUGCAAUGUAAUACAACUGUUAAUCAUUUAUUAUUGUUUAAUAAUUAGUAUUAUAUACUUGCAUGAAAAUUCUUGUUGGGAAAAUAAUUAGUAUUUGUUCGGACAAAAUUACUACUUCGUAGGUAAUUUAUCAAAUUUUCGCUCUUAUUAUGGUGGAAUCUCGCACGUAUCUACAUCGUUUAUAUUUGAAAUUCUCAAUGCAACAAAGAAGAAUCUUCUAUACUAAGAUGUGUAUUUUUCCCCGCAAACACUUUUUCGGUUAGUUUAAAAAUGCUCCAAAUUAUUUAUCGUAGUAUCGUACUUGAAAAAAAAAAACGCGGAUUUUUCCAGCUGCGGUAUAUACUCAAUUUGAAAACAAAAUCUUAACAGUUUUCCUACAAAAAUUGAAAACUAGGUCACCUUGCCUAAAAGUAGAAAUAAAAGAAGUAUUAUAUAAUAUUAUACAUGUUACCAGUUUAUCGAGCUUACUCAGAAUUGUUUUCCACUUUAAAUGGUCUAUAUAUUACUUAUAAAUUGAAUUCUAAACCUUUCGAACCCGUGGCUUAAAGUGUGUCUGGCAUUUUAUUCCGGUUUUAUAAUUAAAUAAUAAUAAUAUAAUUCAAUAUCUCAGUCAGGUAUUUAAUAGCUUAUGGAAAAAAAAAACAUCGUUUAUUUAAUCGUUUAAUUUUAUUAUAUUAUUUGAUUACGGUGCACCUAUAAUAAUAUUAUCCUGCGCAUAGAAUGCAUAUUAUUAAUUUGUCUAACCACUGUGCAUAAUUAUUAGGUAGAUGUAAUAUAUACAAUAUAUAUAAUAUAUACUAUCUUUUAACUCAGUGGGAAGGGGAGAGAUAUGAUAUAUUAUAUACCUACACGGCACAUAAACGAACUUUUUAGUUGAUUAAAUAUUACAAUUUUAUAUAUUGUUGUAAUACUAUAUCUGUCUAUUACCUAUUAUUAUUUCAUUUUUUUUUUUUUUUUUUUUUUUAUAUUACUAUAGUGGGAAAACCUCGUGGUCAUUUACAAUAACUUUCGUUUAGAGCCGCGCGUAAUACCGGUCAAGCCGGUGGAAAUAUCCUCCUAUUAUUCAUAUGGGUGUGUCGUACAGUUGAUAUCGUUUACUUACACUCCGUAAUACUCAGCUAUAUAUAUAUCUUGGUGCAUAUUAUGUGCAUAAUUUUAAACGGGAAACAAUCUAGUGCUUAUUGCAGUGUACCUAUGCGUCAAACUGCAGAUGUAGUAAGGCGCUAAAGAAGGGAACAUGAUAUUUUUUUAUUAUUGUUUUAUAGGCUUUAGAAUAAUAUAAUAAUAAUAUAUAUAUCUAUAUAUCAUAUACGCUGAGAUACAAGAAACAACAGGCAAUAUAAUAUGCAAUAAUGUGUGUGUGUGUGUGUGUAUGUGUGUAUAGGUAUCUACAUUUCUUUAAUUUUUGUAUAUUUUUCGUUUUUUGUAAACAUUAGUUGGAGGAUAAACUAUACGUGCAUAUCAGGACUUUUAUAUACUGUGCAAUUUUAGUAAUAGUUUUUAGUACGUUUUAGAUUUUGAGAGAAGCGAAAAAUGUAUUGGUUUUACUUUAAUGUGUUUUUUUUAUCGGUAAUGUUGCUCAAAUCGAAAAAUGUAAAAGAACAAUGGUUGGUACAAUGAUGUCAUUUUUUGAUUUUUAUUGUAGUUAAAUAAAUAAUACAAAAUGGAAAUUAAAUGUGUAAUUUUUGUAGAUUUUUGGAUGACCUUGGUGACAAGAGAAAAAUACGACUAAUUGUAGGUAUGUAAUUGUACUCUGUUCAGAAUAGUUUUCCAUUUGCAAUGGUUUACCGUACACCAUCAUCAGCAGUAUCAACUUUUUUUCUUCUUUUAAAAUCGUAUGCUGCAUGAUUAUUGUUUGAAUUCGGAAUUUUUUAUGAAGCAUUUACCCUAUCCAUUUUAUUUCUAAAUUAUUAUUUAUAAUUUCUUAAAAUAUUUUUAUAAUAUAUACUCUACUAUAUUAUACUAUUAUAAUUUGUUAAGUUUUAGUUUUGUUUACAUUGUUGUAUACCUAUUAUUGUGUUUUUGGGCUUCGGCUUGUUUACAGACAUAAAAUAAAUAAUGAUUAUGAUUAUAUUAUCUAUUAAAAUAUAUAAUGUUUUGACAAUAUAUUGAUUAUCAAGCGACAAUAAGCAAUGAAAGUUGAAAUGUUCAAUUUUGCAUCUAUAUAUAGGUUUCCUCGCGUCUACUUCAUUCGUCAAGUUUUUUUUACCACCCAUGAUAAUAAUAGAUAUCGUAAAAUACCAAUAUUGUAAAAUAUAUUGUCCGUCGAUCAUUUUAUUAAAACUAAUGUCUAUUACGUCGAUACCACAAGUAUUUAUAAAUAUUGUCAUGUAUUGUUCAUUUUUUAGAAUUUUUUUUAUUAAAUAUUAAGUAUAAUAGCUUUUUUUAUCAUACUGUAUAGAAUAGUAGCCCUAUGUAAACCCUUUUUUUUCGGAGUACAAGUAGUUACCUAUUCUAUAUAAAACGUUACAAAACAGCUAUUAUGAUAUUCAUUUUGAAGGACGUUUUUCGCUGUAACAUUAAAAGUGCAUUUGGUAUCACCCAUUUUUUUUUCUUUACGGCCAUGAUCGAAUUUGUAACAACAAUAUUUUAUAUACCUAUACUAAUAAGUUUAUAUUUAUGAGAACAACCGAUGACCCAUAUUAUUCUUUAUUAUAUUAUUAUGUUAAUUUAAAUAAUCAUGUCGUUUAUGACGUAUACCUUUGUAUUUACAUUUUUAAUCCGCGUGUAAUUUAACCGAAGAUUAAAUACUAUAAAAUAAUAAAGUUUGUGCGAUAGCGAAAAUUAUAGGCACCUAAAAGUCUCGUGCUGCUGAAAUAUUAUUUUUAUCGUUUGGUGAAUUUUCAUUUUUUACACACAUAUUGCGUCAUUUGUCAUAAAUUCAUAAUAUUACAAACAAUAAUAGUAAUACGAGCGUACAAAGUAGAUGAUAAUUUAUAAGUAUUUUUAAAGUGAAACGGUUUUUUUUUUUUUUCAUUGUAUCUGAAUUUUGUUUGUAUUUUAAAUUAAAAUAGGUAUUUUCAUUGGCAUAAUCACCGGACAAGUUAAAAAAUUGAGACUUUAGGGCUCCCUACACAAGUAAUUAGCCAUCCGAAGGACAAUUUUUACUUACAAAAAGUAGGUUAGUUUUAUUUUUCACACUAUAUAAUAUUCUAUUAAUAUUAGUUAUCGUCAUUCAACGUCUACUUUCAACGUCUAAAACUUAGAUAUGAGUAUGGUAGGAAUUUGGGCAUCUUUGAGAUUAUUUAGGACAAUUCUAGGAGGGGGUCUCUACUUUGUUUAUAACCUUAGGGUGCUGAGUGUCUAUAGUGUCUCUACUAGUUAUUCUCUUUUAUAAUAUAAAAUACCAAAUAUUUUUUUUUUUUUUUUUAUUUAAUAUACUUUUGGCCAUAAAUAAUGUAAUUUCGAUGAUAAUUUCAUCAAUCUAGAUUGCUCAACAGAUAUUUAAAAACAAGUAUUAUAAAAUCAAUAAUGACCUGCAUUAUAUUUUAUAUAAUAAUUUAGUUAUAUACGAGUAUACCACUAAAAUACACUAAUAUAUUCUAGCGAUUUCAUAAUUAGUGUUAUAAUAUAUUUUGAUUUUGGAUGAAUUACAAUUUUUUUCGAUAUUUUGACUCAUAAUUUAUUUAGAAUUUUAACGAAUUGUUUUAUUGGAAAAUACAAUUAUAAUAAGUAACUUUUAAUUAAAUAAAUUUUGAAUUUCAAAAUAAAAAGAAUGCCGGAUAUACUUUGCAACACUAUAGUUGUUGAUGAGAAAUCGUGAAUAUAUUUGAUGCAGAACAAUUUUGUUUAUAUCUAAACUAAAAUCAAUGAUAAAUCAUUUCAGUCGAUAACUAUUUUAAGUUGAGUUUGAUAAAAUGGAAAGGUAAUUAUAGUAUUAAUUGAGGUUUUUCCCUGUUGUUGUUUCCCCUAUAAUAACGAAAUCAAUAAAAACAAAACCGAUUUAUGGCCAUCGUUGUCUUUUUGUUAAUUUUGUACAAAAAAUAUCGAGAAUUUAGGACAACUGUCUACGUAAAAGUAUUAUCGGUCGGAAAUUUCGUAUUUUUAAGUUAUGUAUGGUGUGAUAAACCGGAGUAUUUUUACUAACCGAAAAAGUGUUUACUGAGUGAGAAAGAGAGAAAACGCAUCUUGUAAAAUUAAACUAAUAGCUUCUUUUCGCUCCGCUGAGAAUUUAAACAAAACAAUAAUAUAAGUGUAUAGUGUAUAAUGCAAUGCUUAUUUCAGUUACUAUAGUGAUAAUAUUAGGCGUGUUUUAGCGAUGCAAUUUUGAGUAAUCUGGUUACUAUUUUAUAGCGAACAAACGGUUUUGGUGUUAUUAUUUACUACAAUUGUUUGAUAUUGAAUGCACUUCGCAACAACCUGCAGAUUGCCACAAUCAGAAAACAAAUAAAAAACAACGUUUACUGUCUUCGGCUUUUGGUUAUCCGUUGGUAAAACGGUGUACAGUAGACAAAACGUUUCGGCGAUAUUGGAACCAAGUUGUAAACAACAAUCAAUAAUGCAGCGAGCCUAUUAUAUUAUCAAAGUUGAGAUGAUUUAACGACGAAUAACACGUUUGUCCUCAUACUUUUAUUGACAGUUAUUUAGUUUUAAUCGUAGUGAUUAUAAUAAAGAAUAUAUAUUUCGUUAUUUAAGAUGCCGCGAUAUACCUAUUAUUAUGUAAAUAUAUAUGAAAAUAAAAGAUAGGUACACGAUAUAAUAAUUGACCAUAUAGGUCCGUUAUAUGUUCAUAAAAUAUAUCGUACGACGUAUCAUUAGGUAUACCAGUUUACUGUAUUUAAAUAGUAUUUGUAAUUUAUACAUUUUGAAAUCCCGAAUUUCCAAUUCAGACAUUUUUAAGAAACGUAUAAUUUAAGUCGUUUAAAUAAAAUAUAUGCCACUGCUACCUAAUGUAUAAUUUAUUAACUCGAAUAAACAAUUUUAUUAAUAUUUUAACAUAUAUUAUGUUCCGUGUAAUGAUACGGUGUGUAUAUUAUUAUACAAAUUAUAAAUUAGUACCUACAGAUGUUUGUGUGUGUGGAAAUUAUAUUGCACAUCACAUUCGUCAUUCAGUUAUUAUUUAUUUAUAUAUUAGCGAGGAAUGUUUUGGUUUUACAAUGAUGUUCAUUUUUUAUACUAAGAGCAACUUUUCUACCAGAAAUCUUACUCUAAUAUAUUAAGUGUAGCACCUAUUCUGAAAAUAAAUUGUAUCUAUUUGGUACUUUAAAUAGAUCAUGUUUUGAUUUUCCUAAAACGGCUUUCAUAAUAAUUUGGAAAAAAUUUGGGAAAAACUGGAAAAUGUAUGUACAUGUACGUAUAGAAUAAACUUCCCUCCGAAUUGUUGUUGUUAGCAAUGGUUUAUCGUUGAUUACAGAUAUAAAUUAAAUUCUCCUCUAUAUUCUGUCUUCCAACUUCUCACCUACAGCCAGUGCGAAAUAUGGCCGUCUUUUUAUUUUUAUUCUACAAUAUAGGUCUAACUAGCGGUCGGUGACGUAAUAUUAUACUAAAAUUACAUUACUUAGAAAAUAAAGAUUUUAGAUUAAAAUUUGAGUUUAAACACUGUCCAUAGAAACAUUUUAAUAGAAGAAUAUAUUCGAGGGCUAUCGUGGUUGGUUAUCAGUUCAUCAGCUAUAAACCUCAGUUCAAAAGUCAGAUAAACGAAAACGUUUAUGUUGAGAACGGCUCUAAGUAACGUAAUUUCCUGUGUCGCCCAUUGUACAGGUUAGACUAAAAUAAUAAAUUCGAGUAUUCUUAAUUCUAUUUUAUUUAUUUUGAACAGUUUUUGUAAUUUUUUAAACUCAAUCAAAGUCGAACAUUUUUGUUUAGCUCAGAAUAAUACAAAGUGGAGCAUACGUACGUAUUACCAUUUAUGAAACACUUACAUUUAUAUUUUCCUAAACACUUGUAUUAAUUACUAUUAUAAUGUAAUAUAAUUGUUGUAAUUAUACAUUUUUUAUUUUUGCGGUAUUUUAAAGGUUCGAAAAUUUGGUUAAAAAUGAUAUGCAUAUAUUUUAUAUACAUUAAAUAUAUUUAAUAUUUACCUCGUGUACGCAGUAUUAUUUUAUAUAAUAAACGCCGAACGGCUCUUUAAAUUUAAACGGUUUUUUUUUUAUUUACCUAAGUAUUUAGUACGUUUACCAUAUAAUAUGUUUUAUUCAAUAUUCAUUAAUAUUUAUUAUUUACCAUUUUGGUGUAGUAAUUUCAAAUUUUAUCUUAAAUUUUUAAUAUUAUUAAAAAUAUAUAUUUUAUUAUUUAAAACAUAUAGGUGUGUAGUUAGAAUUUUAAAAUACCAGUUGUUCUUUAAAAUUCGUUGGUGGGCUGUGGAAAUAUGUGUUAUCAUGUUAUGCUAUCUAUUUAGUAAUCUUUUAUUAUUCGUAUUUUUUUCAUUACCAAUAAUGAAUAUUAAUGAAUAUUCGACUUUCUAUGAUAGCAAAUAAACAUGCGUAAAUGUGACAAAAUUUAAUUUUUUUUUCAGCUAAUAUUGUAGCUUAUAUAUGUAUUUUAAUGAUGUUGUUUGAAAAAGAAACUAAUUUAUACAAAAAUUAGAUUACCUUUAUGGUUCUUUUAAGGACAUUUGCUUGUUAUACAAGUCCAGUUGUGUAUAUACGCAGACAAUCUGUAAUAUCGAUUUACACGGGUAAUCACUAUUCAAUAUUCCACCAAUAUAAGAAUAGCUUGGAUAGAUAUAGAUUUUAAUCAAAUAAUCUUUGUUAAACACUUAGCAUAUAACUGCCUAGAAUACAAAGCCUGAGUAGUAAAGUAGUACAAAGUUUGUAUUAUAUGGUAGAGUUAUAUGCAAAGUGUUAAAUAAAGAUUUACUGAUUAAAAAAAUAUACCCAAGUUAUUCUUGUUUGCGGAAUCUUCAAUAAUAAUUACUCUUAUAAAAAAUUCCUAUUUCUUUUAAGUAUAUAUUUUGUGUACACAAAUACUGAAGGUUUGUAAAAAAUAAUGUCAACAACAAAUACCCAUCCAUUAAUAAAAAACUACGGAUUUUAUAUUAAUAUAUUAUCUGGUUUUGAAAUUAAAAUUGUAUAGAUGAGGUUAUACGCACAACACCACCGUCACCGCUAAUUAUAAUUCGCGUAGGUUAAAGAGGAUUUAAUAAAAAAAAAAAUCGUCAUUAAUCCGGUUUUAUUUCAGACGAUUAUUUUAAUAGAUAAUCGUUCAAUGAUUUUAUUUUUGUAAUUGUACAAAAUGUAUAGUUUUAAUAAUACAUUUCUUUUUAACAAUGGCUAUAUAAUAUAUACUGUAUAUUUGAGAUGGGUAAAUUUUUGCAUUUCUUAACGUUCAGUUUUGUUCUCUACUUUAUAUGAAUAAUGUGUAGUUUACGGUAUCAUUUAUACAUAUUCUAAAUUAAAUCGAUAGAAAUAUAAUAAUUAUUAUUUGUGUAUACAAUCAUCGGUUAUUUUCAUUGUGAUAAUUUAUUACGUCUGAAGAUUUUUGAUUAUCUGGUAUAAAAUAUUGUGUCGUCGUCUGUAUCGCGUUUUUGAACAAUUGAACCGAAUCGUCGCAUCAUGACAGUCUAGUGCACCUCUCCAUAAGUAAUUAUUUUAGAUAGAUAUAAUGCAAUUAUAUAUAUAUUUUACAAUUACAAAGCAUUUUUUUUGUUUUAAAUGUUUUUUUAUAUAAUAUAAAUGUGAAUUAUCACCAUAUUAUAGUACCUCUGUAGCUUUGUAUUAUAUAUAUAUAUAUAUAUAAGCCACGUAGAUUGUUAUUGUUGAAGAUGUAUACAGAAUGAAACGAAAUAUUUCUUGAGCUGAAUACGAUAUACUGCCAUAAAAUGGAAUAAAGAAUUUGUACUCGAUCGUUUAAGAUUCCUGGAAACUGGUAAAAAUAUCCGGAUCUAUAAUAUCUGAGGAAAAAAUAUCAAGGAUCAAAAAAUAUCGGAGGAAAAAAUAUGAAGGUAUAAAUGUAUAAUAAUUAAAUAAAUAAUCAUAAUGUUAUUUAUAUACAUAUAAAGUAAUUCUUGACUACUCAGUUACAAUUUACUUUUAAUAAUACAAUAUUCGAAGAUAAUAAGAGAUUUUUAAACCAUCUUUUUAUUACUAUAGUUAUUAUUAUUUUAACUUUUUUCAUUAUUAUUAUAAUAUAUACUCGAAAAAUAUAUAUAUUUUUACUGACGAAUGUGAUUUUGAAAUAUUGUGUUAUUAACCAAAUUGUAACUGAGUAAUCAAGAAUUACUUUGAAUGUAUAUGUAUAUGUAUAUGAAUAACAACAUGAAUAUUUAUUAAUUAUACAUGUAUACUUUGAUAUUUUUUCUUUGGAUAUAUUUUUGACCUUUAUAUUUCUUUCGUCUGGAUAUUUCAAAAUGGAUAUUUUUACCUAGAUUCGUUUAACACACAUAUUUAUUGUUUUAUACGCACUAUAUUGGUGCUAUUAUUAUUAUCACUAUUGAUUUCGAAUUGUAGAUAAUGCGAAUGUUUUCUAUUUACGUGAACAAUUUUCCGGGAAGUUGACGCAAAAGAUAUUGGUUCGAAUUACAUGCCAUUUGCACGUAUUUUCUUUUAUUGUUAUCUCGCACUAACUGUUAAAUCGAUUUACACGUACGUUACGUCCGGAUUAAUUUAGAGCACAUUUCAUUUAAUUCGUAUUAUAAUAAUUGCGUAUAAACGUAAGUAAAUAGUUCCAUAUAAAUAGGAUUUAUAUGGAGAAAAAAAAAUGAAUACGUGAUGAUAUUAUGAUUAAUUUGGAUACCUACGCGAUAGCAUUGUUAUUAUUUUUAAAAUGUCGUUAUAGCUGCAGGUAUUACGAUUCCAUAAAUUAAAAUAAACAAUAUAUAUAUAUAUAUAUAUAUACAGUAUAUUAUAGCAUUAUGUAUAUUAUAUGGGCGUUGUAAGCCGGUCCUGUAAUAACAAAAGCUGCAACUACCAAUACGUAUUUAUCGAAUUUUACAACGUAUAAUAAUAAUAUUCGAUUGGCUAACGUUAACAUAAUAAAGUAUGUAGCAUAAUAAUGCGAAAGGGUGUGCAGUGUCCUCCUACUUAAUGAACUGGAUAUUUUUUAUAGUUUUGGUUAACAAUAUAAUCAUCAAUUGAAUCGUGCGUGUGAAUCAUCGAUUCGCCAUUGAUAUUAUUUACAGCUAGUGAUCGAUUGCAAACGAACCUAACCAUUAAUAUAAUUUUUUCAUUGCAGAGUUACAAGAGAUUACAUCAGCUAUUAUAUUCUAUAUCUUUUCUAAUAAAUCUAACAAUACAACGUUAGAACUUUUUGAAAUAUAAGUACCAUCUAAGACAAUUUAUUAUUUCGUAAAUAUUAUAAAUAUGAUGGUUUCUGUAUCGCUAUUAUUUUUUGGAAAUAAAUUUUUUUUUAACAAAAUGUAUUAUUAUUGUUAUUUUUUUGUACCGAUGCUGUUUAUACGCGGUGGCACCUUAUGGUUUUAACAUAAUAAAUAAUAUUUUAUCAUAAUAAUAUGAAAAUCAGAAGAAUACUAUUGUAACUGAAUGCAAUUAUUAUAUAGUAUUACUAAACUAUAUAAGUACGAGUAUAAGUGUGUUGUUACCAAAAUUGUUCAUAAUAAUAAUUUAGUGUACAAUUAUAAUACAAAUUUUAUUUUAUUUUUUUUUAAAUAUAUUUUUACAUUUUAUUGACCACCUUAAUGGUAAGAUUUUUCCCGCUAACCUGACUGCCCAUUUAAUAAUGGGAUGUGGUACAGUACUUCGGGUAUUGCCGUUUUUACGGAUGAAUAUAUUAUGACCGUUUAGACCACAAUGCCCGACAAAACUGUAAGGAUUGGGUUUGACGGCUUUUGAUUGGUCAACAUGUUUACUAGGUUACGUUAGAAGUGAUUUUAAAUAUCGGCGAACAAAAACGUGGUAUUUUUUUAUAUUUGAAAUUGUCUCCGUCAAAACCUGCUUAUAUACAAGGUAUUAACGUGUUCAAUUCCGUUUUCGAAAUAAAAAUCCGUUAAACCCGAACCCUACGGUUUUCUCUAUAGCUUCUAAAUAUUACUUUUUUUUCUCUGUUUUAUUUUUUUUUUUAACGACUUCAAACCCAACGGUUUAUUCUAUUAUAUAAAUGCCGUGUAUACCGUCCGGAGAUUAAUUAAUUUCCCAUGACACGUAUCUACCGCACACGCGACUAUCGCUACAAUUAUAUUCGUCAUUACUUGGUUUCCGGGCGGCACAUCUAGUUCGGCUGCCCCGAAUAAACUUCUUUUGGAUGCCGCCGACCUGGCCUUGGAAUAUUGACCUAGAGAAAUAUGACUGACGGUGUAUCAUAUUAUUAUGCUACAGGUACAGGCAGUGUUUUUUAAUAUAUUAUUUUUAUUUUCACUGUACUCACUACUCUGCUAAUUGCGUAUGAAACUCGCGAGUCGGCCGGUUAUAUUCGUAUAUAGUUCUUUGGCGUUGAAUCAUCGCGCGGUGGUGACGGCCGGGCGGCUGUCUAAAAUACCAGGUAAACGGUUACGUCAGUUGCCGCGCUAUGUGACAUACAGCAAGUAUUAUAUACAUUGCGUAGGUAUACAAUAAACACGCACUUUAUACAGGGUGGUUUGGUUUUUUUUAUUCAAUUGCUAACCGGUGGUGGCGUUUAUUGGUACGCGAUGAUUUCUAGUCAAUUCGAUUGUAACAUAUAAAGUUCAAUCAAUAAACGCGGAUAUGAAAUGUAAUUAUCUAUAUACUGUUUCCUAUUACUUAAAAGAGUGUUUACCGAGGAACAUCGUCACUAGCAUUCUUGUUUUCUCCGUCUGUCUCGCGUGUAAUCCACCGACAAAAAAGUAUUACGCGUUUCCAUGAUUGCGGUUCUCUGCUUGAGUUUAAGACAUCCGGUUAUAGGUUACAUUUUUUUCAAAAAUAGUAUUUACUACGAAUUUUUUUUUUUAAACGCGGAUAAUCUUGAUAAAAAAAUGCGAAUAUUUCUGCUGAUGAAAUCUAUUAUCGUUCGCCACGUUAAAAAUAUGGUUGAGGUUGUGUGUUUAAUUUAUUAUUUGUUAUACAUUUUUCACUUUUAUAAUAUUUACUAUAUUACGACUUUAUAGUUUUAUUGCAUCCGCGGUACAGAAAAACGCCUUCCCUUUAUUGUUUCGUGGUGUCAUCACCUAGAAGAUGUCAUAACAACACGCAAUUGGAAACGUAUUUAAUGCCACGAAAAAAAAAUCUGUAAAAUCAAAUGUAUACUUAAAAUCUUCGUAUGAGCGGCCAUUAUAGGAUCGUGAUGAAAAACAAAUCACCCUGUAUAUAUAUAAUACAUACAUAAUAUUAUAUUAUGUUUAUGUUCGUACGUGCAGAAGCAUCGUGUGUUGUUGGUCGCCGUCUUGAAUAAUGUGCUCGUCGGCGAACAGCUGCCGUUUGUUACUGCUGCUGGAGGUGACGAUGACGCGACCGAUAGCGUAACAAUAAAAAUGUAAUAUACAUUAUUUUAUUAUUACGUUUUUUUUUUAAAAUAUUUUUUUUUUUAUGGCUAACGCGUUAUGAAUACGGUGGCGGAAAGGUCAAUCCCCUACCCACUGCUGCAAUCACCCCGCGGGCCGUUAUAAUAUAUUGUCGGUCUCUCUGCUUGCCCGUGUGUACACCCGAUGAUGGAACCAUUAUUUUUAUUAUUAUAAUGUAAUAUGGUCUUCGAAAAGUUAACUGGUCAAGUCGAAUUUGUGAAUUAAAUUAAGCAAAUGCGUACACACCCGACGAUAAACAUUGCGUACGCUAAUUUUGAAAAUACACACACUUGUGCAAUUUAAACUGAAAGAUAAAGAGAAAAAAAUUGCGCAAGACAAAAUUAUACAUAUAUUAAAAUAGAGGACCGGGCCGAUAUCGGGUAUCAGUUAUUUUCCUGAAUCGAUUGUCAAACCGAUAUCAUGUAUACAAUGCAAGUUGCGUAUCAUAUCAAUUUUUGGUUAUAACUAUUAUAGUGCCAAGGUAUAUUUGAAGGUACAUUAUAAACUGAUAAACAGUAAUAAUACACUUUGGAAUUGGUAUUAAAGUAUUAAAUUAUUAUUAUAUUAUAAUUUACCAAUGAUAUCAAUAAUAUUUUUCCAACAGAAAUCUACGAUCUUUUCAUAUGUCGUGUGAUUAUUAUAUCGAUUUUCAGAAAAAUAUAUCGAAUAUCGGAAAAACAGUAAUAUCAGCCAAUUCUAAAAAAAGAAAAAUGCCAAAAAUUGACCGAAGUCAUUCUUAACUCCAAAAUUGCAACUGUUUGGAAAAGCAAAAACCGUUUUCGUUGCAAAAGUUCAAACUCCGAAUUGACAGUUUUUUUUUAAUUAUAAGAUAAGUCUUUUUCUUCGACGUGACAAUUUCGUUGUAUUUUUAUCAACACAUUCAUAGAUUGAUAAAUUAUUAUGUGUUGAGUCAACUGGCUUUUAAAGGACGCGGUAUUAUUUAUUUUAAUUGCAAAUAUCAUGAGUACAAAAACUCAUUUUUGGAUUUGCGAAUUAUGCCGACGAUUAGUAAAAAUCUAACUUGCUAGGGAGGGCAAAAUUAUUUAUUAUGAAUAAUUAUUAUAAAUACCAUUUAGUGUUUAUGUUGGAUUUUUUAAUGCGAAAAAGAUAAGUUUUAUCCAAUCCCAUGUCCAUAAAAUUAUAUACAUUCUGGGAUUUCGACCUCAGAUUUUUUUCAUUGUUAACCUAACCUGACUUUAACUGUUUUGUUUUUUGUUGACGUGAAAAUAUUAUUAUUUAUUUUAUGAAAAUUCGUAAACGUAUUCCGUUGAAGACAUUGUGUAUAUAGUUUGAAAUAUGCAUCAGAACAUUUGUACAGAACAAUAGUUAUACGCUCUUAAUGAUGAGAUCUUAAGAGAUGCCAAUAGCAGAUAUCUUGUGCUACAAUUGUUUUUAGUUAAUUAGUAUAUUACUUAAUGUCUGCUUGAAUAAAUAUAAUUUCAAAAGAUAUAUUUUUUUUUUAAACGUUUUUUUAUCAGGAAUAAUAUUUACAUUAAAAAAAGAAAAUUAAAAACGUACUAUGAUCGAUGCAUCAUCGAGUGUGGAUAUAUAUUGUAAAAUAUUAUCGAUCGAUUUAUAUAUAUACACGACCUGUCAUGUAUUAUUUAGAUGUAUAAGAAAUAUAAAUCGCACCUGAAUUUUUUCAUUGCCAUUCGGCCGAUAAAAAAUGUUAGUUGGUAAUAUAAUUAUUUUUAAUGAAUAUGUAUAUAUUACAAUAUUGAAUGAAUUUUCUUGAAUUUAUUAGUAAUAGUUAUAAUAUGUAGUAUAAAUAAUGUUUAUUUUAUGUAAAUAAACUUAUGAAUGAAUUAUUAACGACUCAAUUUCUUAAAGGUCAUUUUUUUUUUCAUAUUUUAAUAAAAAUUGAUAUUUUUUUAAUCAUUUUUUCAAUUUCAUUUUUAAUAUUUAAAAUUGUAUAAUAAAUCGUUAUAUAUAUAUUGCACGGUGGAGAAUUGUUUAAUCUUAAAAAAUCAUAUAUAAUGUGUAAUUAUAUUAGCCAAAUAUCAUUCACUCACUCAUCAUUAAUCAAAUAAUUAGGUUAAUUAUUGUAUCUAAAGAACGACUGGAUCUAGAAACUUGUAAUUUUGCACAUAAGUCUUUUAUUAUAUUUUCGUCAUAUUAUAAUAUACCGAAUAAACGUUCAAUAAGAAGAGAUUUUUGGAAAUUCCUCCCCCAAAGUAAGGUUCGCACGUAAAUGUGGUAAUUUAAAUACAAAAAUUGCGUAAUUUUUUUUCUAGGUUACCUCGGUGUUUCGGAGAACAAAAAUAUUAUGUUUAUUAUUUACGGGCAUUUAAUCUGUCACGGGCAACGCCGCCGUGCUUAAAUUGAAUGCAUUAUAAUCGCUUUAAAAGUUUCAUAUGAUUUAUAUCGAGUUUUCAGUUGUUCAAUUAUAUAUUAUAAUUUAUAAUAUAUCGUAUUGACUUGUUUUAUGCAUAGGUUCCUAUAGGUAUCUAAUUUUAUUACUUUCUGAAGAACUCAAACAUAGUGCCUGCCCAUAUAAUAUUAUAUCCUAUUCAAAAAUAAGGAAUUAUAUACCCCGUGUUCCAUUUGAAAAUGCGCGUGCACAGGUGCGUUAUCGGAGAAUUUUUAAAAGAUUUUGCUUAAAAGGCUAAAUGUUAUAAUACUAUAUACUGAAAUACAACUUGAGGGAGGGGGUUCACGCAGUCAUAAAAUCACAUGACUAAAUUAUAAUAAUAUUUGAUCGUAUAGAAUCAUCUAACUACAUAUUUUUCAAGAAUAACCCGAAACAUCAAUUAUAAUAUAAUAUAAUAUAAUAUACGUAUAUGACAAUACAUUUUUGGCUUAAACACGGCCGAGGAGUGUGUUUUACCGUUUAAAACACUCUUUUUCUCCCCCCCCCCUUGGUAUAAUAUUAUAAUCCUAAGAUAAUUAUCAAGUUAAAGUUUUUUACAUACAUCAUAUAUAGUAUUAUCUAUUGUGAAGUUUUAUUUAAACAAUUAUUAAAAUAUUUCUCGGGCCAUUAAAAUUCUCUAUAUAUAGUAUUGUUUGAAACGAUAGACUAUUAAAGUUACAUAUAUACUUCGUAUCUUUAAUUAAAGUCAAUGGCAUAUUGUGGAGUUGUAUUUUAAGGCCAAUUGUGGUUUUUAUUACAUUCGUUUUAGUAUUUUUUUUUUGUCCUCAAUGUAAAAUUUUAGAUUCUUAAUGUUUUUUUUUCUUUUAUCUAUAGCUGUUAAAGGUAUCUGUUCGAACCGAAAUGUCAUAUAUUUAUAUAUUUAUUUUUUGUAUUAUAGAAGUCGUAGUAAUAUUGUGUCGACGAGAUUUUACUUUAGAAAUUAAAUUUGAAAAAUUAUACAAGUCAUUUACGUAUUUUUCGUUUUUAAUAGAUAUUAUUAAAAUUGAUUUAUAUGUUUGAGCUUAAACAAUUAUUUAAACCUGUUAUAUGCCGAAAUGUAAUCCGUAAAAAAAUCAUUUUCAGGCGCAGCAAGUAAUAAUUAAAAUAAAAUAAUAAUAUCCGAAAUAUAUAUAUUUUUUAAUCUUUGUAUAGUUUUUUCUUUUAUCCUACUGACCUUUCUCUUCUUAACAAUUCAGUGCCGAAUACUCUAUUCGCUAUAAUUAAUAUUAAAAAAUGGUUAUUUUUAAUUUUCUCCUCGCCUAUCAUAUACCCAGUUUCAUAAUUAUACAGAUUCACUGUUCUAUAUACAUUAUGAUACGGUCAUACAAACUUUAAUAACAAUACUAAAUAUAUGCGUACAUAUAUAUAAUUUUUUUUUUUGAUUGAUACUCUGUACAAUAAUUAUAGUUAUAAUUUAUAUAAACCAGUUGAAAGUUGUCACGAGACAUGUCACGUAGUUCGUUGAAAUUUAUACGCACAUAUAUGAAAUAAUAUUGUCUGUGCCAAAUUAUUAUGUCAAUAAUUUGAAUUUUUCUGUUUCAUAUGGUUGACAAUUUGCCAAUAUGAAAAUGUAAAUAAUUUAUUACUCAUAAUAAUGAGCUUCUUUUUUCAUGGUUAAUAUAAUAUGUAAGAACAAAAUUUAUUUAUGUCCUUUUUUUUCUCCAUAAUCAUUCUUCUCUAUUGGUAUCUCUAGGUAUGUUUAAAAAAAACCGAUUUUUGAAAAUAGUGAUGGAUUUUAUAUCGAAAUUGUUUUAGUUGUAUAUAGAAAUGAAUAUAAUAUUAUUGUUUAAAAUACCUACAAAAUGGGCUCACAUAAUAAUAUUUAUUAUACGCUUAUGAACAUUUUAGAAUACUUAAAUAUGAAAUAAUUUGAUAAUAUACAAUGUAAAAUUACUGUAAAAUAUGGAACUUUUGUACACUAUGCUAAAAAAAUAACGUUUUUGAACGUUAUAAAUAAGCCACGGAUAAAAAGUCUCGACGAGCGAUAAAGCAAUUCUUGUAAAUCCGAUUACGUCGUGUAACCGGAACGCUCUCAGAUACAAUAAUUACACGGUAUUGCAUAUCUAAUAUGUGUAUAAUAUUGUAUUAUGGUUAUUAUAGAACACACAGAUUGAAAUGUUAUACUGUAUGUAAAUUUAAAAUACAUAUUAUAGGUAUACAUAUUUGUAUUAGAUUCUCAACGGAGUGAGAAAUGUAUUGGUUGUUUUUUUGUCUGUUAGCAACUUUUCCUUCAUAGAUGUCACUUCAAUCAAAAACUUUAUUUCAUAGAAUAUUUAUUCAUUGUAGCGUUUUUAAUCUCUUUGGUGAAUUGUUAAAAAUUUGGUCAUUGUUAGAUUUUCUUUGUAGUUUUCAUAAUAUAUGGGAAAAAUUUGCAAUUAUUUGUACAAUUUUCAUUAAUUUCUCGGCUACAAGAACAAAAAUACGACUAAUAAUACAGAGGUUUAGAAUCGUUAUUCGUUAACAAAGGUUUAUCCUUGCGUACAGAUAUAAAUCUUAUAUACACUUCUAACUUACAUCUUAAAACAAUAGUACACCCAUCAGCUGUAUCAUUUUUUUUGUUGUGUAUAUAAAUGUAGUAUAUAUAUAUAUAUUUUAUAUUAUUAUGAAAUAUUGGGUAUACCUAUAGAUUUUAUUUGUGAUUUUUUCAAAAGCCUAUAUUCAUUAUAAUUUAUACCUACACAUAUUAUACAUUUUAUAGUAAGAAUUCAAACUUUCAAACUUGUUACAUAUGACCCAUUAAAAAUGAAUGGUUUUUACUUGCGCAAACAUCACUAUAUAUAUUAAAAUAUGAAAUAUGAAAACCUAUAGUUUUACCGGGAGAAAAAUAGGGUUAUACCAAGCUAGGUACUUAUUAUUUAUAACGCUAAAGUUUUGUUUGCAUUUUUUUUCCAGAUGAAAGAGACGCCAUACAAAAGAAAACGUUUACGAAAUGGGUGAACAAACAUUUGAAAAAAGUAAGCGCUCCCAAAAUAUUCUAUUUUUAUAAUUAUAAAUAUUUAUUAUUAAUCAAUAUAUAUUAUGCAACUCGUUGGUAAACAUAUUGGUGUCUUCCGAAAUCAAGCGAUGUUUAAGCGAAAUAUUGAUAACUUUAAUAUUAUAUCGUUGAAUCUUGUUCUGAAAUUCGGUGUUAUCGACUAAUCAUUUUCAUCAAAUCAAACGUUUAUUUUACUGAUCGAUUUGUUAUCAGUUCUUAUUCGUUCAAAUUAAUCUUAUAUGUAGGAACAAUUUUACAGUUACUUGACCGUGUUCCAUUAUAUCCUACGGAAUCUAAAAUAUUUAUUAUUGGUACUCGACGACUUUCCGAUAAAUUCACAUAGUUCAGUAGAAUUCUCUGGAGGGUUAUAGGCGUAAAUAUAUAUUACAAAAUAUUCAGUUAUCUGUAUUUUACUCGAUUAUUGUUACGAUUUGUUUAUACGUAAAAAUCGGUGUUGACAUUUUUAAAGUUUGUACAAAUAUUAUCGUAGUCAUAUUAAACAUUUAUUACCAAUUUCAGUAUUUGUAUAUUAUUAUUUAUUUAUCUGGAUUAUUCCAAAGUGGUGUAAUAUUUGCAUCGUUUUCGGUUACAAAAGAGUCUUAUCUUUCCCACAAAACAAACGAAAGCGAUUACACACACACACGUGGAUGUACAAAUAUUUCUGUUAGUCACUUGUUUGUUAUUUUAAGUUUAGUUUAGGGUAUAGAGGCAUUUUUUUAAGUACUUAAUAAAUGUAUAUCGAUACGUAUAUAAAUACAAUAAUAAUAUUAUACUCGAUACACACAUACACACAUGUAUAUAUAUACCAGCUAAAUUAUAUGAGUAGUGGUACGGGACAUAAAAACUAAUAAUCUAUACCAUUUAAAAAUUUAAACGGUUUUCUGUGUGCAAGUAUGCGCAUAUAUUUUGCAUGACUAUACUAUUUUUUCUGCUAUUUAGAAUUAUUAGGUAUUAUAAAUUUUUACAUCGUUUGUCAGUCAAUUUCGGUUUUUUAAUUUAAAAAAUAAAAAGAAUACUAAUUGUUGAAACAUCAGUAUUGAAUAGGCCAAUGCGAUGUUGUAAGAGAAACGUCAAGAGCUCCGAAAUACGCGUACUUAAAAAUUGUCUACAAUAUUGUGUUACGUAUAAAUACUAUAUAAAUUAUAAUUGAACGAAAAAAAAAAAAAAUACAAAUAAUUGAAAAUAUGUUUCAGUACUAAUAUAGACAUACCUCAAAGAAAUAUUAUAUGGUUUCUGACAGUAGUAAUUUAAUUUAUAAGACAAAUGUGUUUACAAUCAAUCGUUUCGUUAUGUUAUUAUUAUACUUAGCUUUUACUUGCGUUAUUUCAUAAUUUUCGGGUCAAGGUAUAAAAAAAAAACAUAAUAUAUACCAAAAAAAUAUCUACGCCAACUUAUAUUUCGUACUGUAAUAUAUAAUAUUAUUAUCUAGUUAACGACGUAUCCGCCAACACAAAACGGAAACAUUUAAAUAUCAUACACCUUUUAUUAUUAUUAUUAUUCGUAGGUAUUGGAUAAUAAUAUUUCAGGUUGGCGAAAUUAUGUUUUAGGAUUGGCAUAUACUGUGGGUAUAUGUUAUUUCCGUUACUGGAAAAAAAAAUAAGAAAUACUCUUAUAUUGGUAUUCGAAAAAUUUUAAUUGCAUACACCUACUUUAGCGGAAGUACUAUAUCACACUAUGUACCAAUGAUAAUUAUUGUUUAGUUAAUUUAAUUGUAAUAUUUUGAAAUAUUCAUAAUCGAUAUAACUACAAUUGUCGAUAUUGUGUUUUAUUAGUUGCAUUUUAUAUGUUUUUUUGAUUGAAUUAUUUUUUUCUGAAUACGUGCGAUGCAGCAUUGGAAAUACUCGAAGGUAGGAUUGUUUUUGACAAAAAAAUCAAAAUAUUAAUAUUAUAACGUAAAGAUAACAAUAAUUUAUUAAUUCGAUAUAAUCGAAAAGAUUUUCUUCCCGUAUACGUUUUUUUUCGUAUAAUAUAUGUUAAAUAACUCUAAUAUGCAUUAGAGUUUACGAGUGCAUAAAUGAAAAAAAAAUUGUAUGUUUCAGACAUACACGUGUUUGCAGGCGUGUUCUCGUUCUAGUUGUUCUUGUGUAAGUUUAUCUCGUCGAGCGUUUCCAAAUAAUAUAAUAUAUAAUAUGUAUUUUCUUUGGAGUGCGAUAAUUUUUUAUUAUUUUUUUUUUAUAUAAUAUAGUAUAUACGUAUUAAGUACUUAACAUUUACGUGUGUAGAAAAUUGAUAUUUUUUGUCACUGCGUAUUCUGUGUGUGUUUGUAGUUAUCACGUUUCUGUGCAAGUACAUUUAUUAAACUAUAAUGUGUAAUGUCGUUUUAGCUAUUAUCUAUACAUUAAAGUUCUUAUUUUUAUUAUUAUUUUUUUUUUUUAAUAAAUAAAUUGCUUAUAUAAACACUCAAUAAUAUAUUAUUAUUUAUUUGUACCAGUGGCACAACCAGGCUGUAGGAUUUAGAAGUUUUACCCAACCCCCAAAUCCCGAAAUUUGAGAUUUAUUUUGUAAUAUGUAUGUGUAUACAUUUACAAUAUAUGUCUAUUUUGUAUAUAAUUUCAUACAUUUCCUCGUUGAUUUCGAAUAGGCGUAUAGGUACGCCGUUAACUUUUCACCUAUUUAUUAAUUUUAUUAUCCCAAAAAUGUGUCCAGAAAUUUCUUUGAAAUCCAUAAUCCUCUUGAAAAUAUAUGCUGUAGGUUGCGCCCCUUUUAACAAAUUUACACAACUAUAUUAUUAUCUUUGGUCUCGGAAAAGAGGAACAAAUUUAAUUUGACACUAUUAUAAAAAAAAAUUCGAAAAAUCGACUUGAGUCCUUCUUCAUCAGAACCAAAGAUAUAAUAUUUACAAUACUCUGUAUAAUUACAAAAAAUAUUUUUUUACAGGCGAAUCGACAUGUCGGCGAUUUGUUCAUCGAUUUACAAGACGGCCUCAAUCUGAUAUCGUUACUAGAAGUGUUGUCCGGAGAUCAAUUGGUAAGCCAUACAACGUAUUAUAAUGAACUAAACACAAUUGUAUAUGUAUUGCAAAAUUAUUGUUAACGUAGGUUGAUAUUUUUUUCUUCUAAAUUACUUAUACAUUCAACAAAAAAAAAAAUUGUAUUUAGUUUAGAUAAUAGAUAUUAGGUAAGUUACCUAUAUAUAUGUAUAUUAUUUUGUUGUUGGAAAAGUGACUUUCAAGGUUUGAACGGGGUGUGUCGCGAUGGAAUUUGUAACGUGUCAGGAGAUCAUUAGACCAUCAUCAUACUCGAUGUUUAUAUCGUAUAUCUAUACGAGUUGGGUAUUGAAUAAAACUUUUGAUUGUACCUAAACACGAUUGCGGUUCCCAUUUUUUUGUGGAAAAUUUCUAUCGCUCGCAAGUUUUUAAUAAUCAUUAUCUUUUGUGUUUGAUAACGCGACGAGGGGUAGGCUGUCUAUAUAAUACUAUAUAUUAUACAAUACUAUUGUACUACCUACCUAUAUAUAAUGUUGUUAGAACUUAAUUGAAGGAAAAUGCUAUUGCACAUCCAAGAAAGGUGUUCCCGGUAAACCGGACAAUGAUAAUUACGGCCAGCAGCUACUUAGAACUUGAUAUUCCGUAUAAAGUGAUGCGCCAAGGCCUGAAAUAUAUCCUUGUCUUUGUUUUGUUGGGUAAAAUUGUGUAACACAAUUUGUAAAAAAAAAAAAAAAAGAGGUCUACUAAACAGUUUACUAUUAUCAUAUUCUAUAGUUUUCAAUGAAUAUGUAUUGUGUGUGAUAAUUGUUUUUUCGUACGUAUUUAAACCAUUUAUAUAUGUAUAUUAUAUAAUUGUGUUUUUUUUUUCAAUAUUUUGACACCCGUCGUAAUUUAGACUCCUGUAAAUACUACUUUCUUUAACACCAAUAUUGUAUAAUAAUAUAGUUAAAAUAUGUUAUUUUUAGCCAAGAGAAAGAGGCAAACUCAGAUUUCAUAUGCUACAAAAUGUUCAAAUGGCACUCGAGUACUUGCGUUUCAAAAAGGUAAAUAUACCGCUUACCCGUAGUAUUAUAAUAUACGAGUCAUGAAUCUCAUUUGUGUAUAAUAUGAUUUCAGAUCAAACUCGUAAAUAUUCGGGCUGAAGAUAUUGUAGACGGUAAUCCGAAGCUCACGUUGGGUCUGAUUUGGACCAUCAUACUUCAUUUCCAGGUUGGUGUCGUAAAAUUAUAUACACUUAUAAUAUAUACUUAUAUAAUAUGUACUGCGAUAGUAUAUGCGGUGUUCAAUGAUAAGGAUAUACCGCUUAAAUAAGUAGCAAUAAUAAUAAUACAAAAUUAUAACUAAUAAACAUAAACUGUUACAUAAUGCUGGUCACGUGUCAUAGAACAAAAAAAAAAAACCAUAGGCACACCCGAAAAUCAUGUAUGGUUAAUAAUUAUUAUGAUGGUCUACCGGUUCGGCUACCGACGCAUUUGCUUAUUUGUACGUUUUAAACCGAAUUCAAACAAUUACUCGAAAAAAAAAAAUAGAUAUUUUAUUCAGUAUAAAAAUAAUAAAUUCGAAAAAUAAUACGUGCGUGUAAUCGUCAAUCGUGUUUCGGGUUGUUUUUUUUCCAUCAAUUUUGAAUUUGUGUAUAAGUUAUUUUUCUUGAUUUCUGCAGUUCACACAUUACAAUAAUAUACUUUUGGCAACGUACGCUUUUACAAUUAUUUAUGUUUGUUAUGUACAAAGAACGUAAAUAUUAAAAUCGAUUUCCGAAUUGCCUGUACAGAAAUCAUUUCUAAAACAAUACGCAUAUUAUAUUGUUCACGACAUUAUCUCUACAGCCAACUGACCUGUUGAACGCGACUUCAAUGACUUGUAUUAUCUGUUUAUUCGAAAUAUACUUAUACAGAAUUUUUUGUACCAUCAAUAUUCUUUAAUACCGGUUUUUAAUUUUUUGUGUAAAACUUUGUAUUCGAUAAGCGGUUAAAAUAAAAACGUAUAGUUGGACGUUUUACAGCGUAUUUCCUUAAAAUAUAUUUUCACCCCUAACCCAGUUGGAGAUUCGUUUUAUCGGGAGUUGGUUAUGCAACAGUUUAUACAUCACUGUAACUGUAAUUACAUAUACAUACCUCCUUUUCGUUAUCGAUUGAAAUUUAUUUAAAAUAACAAUUUUAAUAUUGUAUGCUGUUGACUACGCAUUUUUAAUUAUUUUUUUAUAUCGGUUCUCAUCAAAUUUUUUUCGCCUUCACUUUUGAAUUUCGCUAUAUUAUACAUGUCUCUUGUUUGGAGUACUGAUGAUAUUUCAUUGGUUAUGCCGAUUUUGAGUGGUUUUGAUUUAUCGCGAUAUUUCUGGAUUGCGAUAUCGAGUUACUAUUGUUAUUUUUAAUAAUAUCAUAUUACCGUUUAAUUUAAAUAGUUUUUGAAUGCAUUUUAAAGAAAUCGUAUAAUAUUCAUAAACCGAAUUUGGGAUUUCAAAACUGCGGAUUCCCCCCGAAUUUUUGAGUAAUCCGAUUACUUAACGCUUAUAAUAAUAUUACAAUAACAUAUAUUCAUUUCAGAUUCCGAGCGUAGCGAUAAAGCUAUUAGUUUUACAAUGAUGUUUAUUUUUCCUUUUUUUCUCCUUGUAGUCUGUGGACACGUUGUUUCCUAGUAAACUUGUUCCGAUUUUUACGUAAAGCAACUUUUCUGAAAGCUCUAGUUGUGUAGAUUGUACUUUAAAAAUGUCAUUUUUUGAUUUUCGACUCCACUUUUUAAAUUAAAGAACUUAAAUGGGAAAAAACAUAGGAAAACGUAUAAUUUCACGAUUUUACUAUUUUAUAAAAACACGGACGACGUUUUCUACCAAAAAAAAUUAUUUAAUCGAAAAAUCACAAAACACCUCUUGUGUUUCUUUUUUGAUUUACUUUCUUACGGUGUCAUCGCCAAAACUUUUGAGUUUUUAAGGAAUUUUAAUUUUUGGGAGUUUUUUUUGCUUUAAUUCGGUUAUAAAUACGCGUAGAGUCUUGAAACUUAGUAAUAAUACUUAUAUUAGACUUACCUAGAUGUUUUAAAAAUUCCAAAAUCAUCGGACGACCUUUCUUUUUUUUAAUAAGCGUUUUAAAAAUAAAAUUUAAACGAAAUUUGCAAAAAAAAAUUACGGCACUUCAAAUUAUGUAUUACCAAACUGCGCUCGGAAUCGCCUUUCUUCAUGCAAUGGUUUAUCGUUGCUUACAGAUAUAAAUGAAAUAAUUUUAUAUCCUACCUUCCCAACUUCUAACCUACAACAGUGGCCGCUCCUAUCCCUAGUAUUGGCUUUUUUUUUAAAUAUUUUUUUUAUUUUUCUAAUUUUUUUUUUAGCUACUUAUCGUAAACACAUUUCGCCAAGUGAAAGUAUGUACUUAUCGUUUUAUUGUUUAUAAACGUGGUUUAUUUUAUUGAAAAAGGUUUAUCUUUUUUUUUUUUUUUUUUUUAAGUAAUUUUAUUGAAUGGACAUUCAAUUUAUUAUUUGAUUACAUUUUUAACAAAUAUUAUAAUAUUUGUCUGUAUUUAAUCGCUUUGGACUUAUAUUAUAAAUUAUAUCGAUCUUGAAUCGAUCAAUAUUUAAUUGAAAAUGUUUGAUUGAUAAUAAAUGAUCUUUCAAAUUGAUAUGUAUACAGGAUAAUUUUUUUUAUCAUGAACCAGCAAUUAUCUCAGAGGAUUUUAAGUGAAUAUGAUUUCUGUUUUUUCUAAUCAUUAUCAUUUAAAAUUGAUUUACUCUUUCCCACUUGUCCGGACUAAGUUUUUAACUUUUAUAACUCAUAAACGGUAAAUCUAAUAGUAGUGUUAUGCAUUUCAAAAUGUCUAGAAAAAUAUUCUCUAUUCAAAUAUUUGUUCAAAAGGAGGGGGUGUCCUAUUUGAAAAUCAAAACUAUAUAUUUUUUUGAGAUACAUGGAGUAGGGGUAAAAUAUUAAAAAUAGUUUUAAAAUAAAGGUUAAAUGAUUUCAUAAUGAUUAGAAAAAAACAGAAAUCAAAUUCACUUAAAAUCCUCUGAGAUAAUUGUUGGUUCAUGAUAAAUAAAUCUCCUUGUAUAUUUAUAUGUAUACAUUGUUUUGUAACGAUUCGUUUGCUCUGCGAAAAAAGCUCGAAUUUCUUUAUCUAGUAUAUAUUAAAGAUUUAUAGUCUGUGUAUUUUAUUUUUAAAUUUUAAACGUUAUCUAUUUACCGCGGUUAAAGUCAGUUAUCACACUAUAUAUUUAUCACGAAGAGUGACAAAUUAUAUUUCACAUGUAUACAUACUCGAGAUAUUGAAACGCGUAAAAUAUUAUUAUACGUUUAAUAUAUGUUGUGUGUAUCAGUUAUGACAUAGUUAAUUAGUAUCUCACGGAGGAAAAGAGUCGGAGGAACGGAGACAAUUUUGUUUUUUUUUUCUGUUGUUAAUCGUACAGCCGUCACGGAUGUAAUAUAUUUUAUAGAUGACGGUAUUACCGGGAUACCGUAAUUUUUUUAAAACAGUACACCAAAAUACCGUGAAUUUCGACUAUAUAUCGAAUAAUCUAUUCAAAAAAAUUAUUUCUAUGGUAAACGAUAAAUUAGUAUAUAUUUUCUAUCUAUGUAUUCCUUCGUUUAUUUUUUCAUAUAUUCAGUCACGUUUUACUUUUGACGUAGUGAUUUACCUGAUAAUGAGUUUUUAAUUCGAAAUCGGUCAUGCAAUACACAUAUCAUAAUACAAUUAUAAUACAUUUUUUUUUUUAAAGAAUGUAAUAAUAAACAUAUUUAAAACAUUAAUAAAAAAAAAAAAAAACCGUUUUUACCGAUAAUACCGAAUACCAAAAUAUCGACAAAUAGAUAAUGCGGUAGGUCGUAGGGGGUAAGACUCAUACUGGUAUAAAAUAUGAUACCGAAAUAUCGAUGUGAAAAUAAAAUACUAUCACCCCUAGUGUAUUUAUCUAGUUAUUCCACGUAUACUCAACAUGUUUAAAUAACGUGUAUCUGUAUAUUAAUCGUCAAGAAAUUACAAGAAAAUCGGGAGUAGUCACGGAAAAUCUACAUGGGGAAAUAGUCGGGGAUACGUGAUUCGAUUCUAGAAUUUUAAUUUCAGACUCUUGCAACCAAUUUUUAUUUACGUAAAUAUCACAAUCGUUCGAAAUUUAUAAUAUGUAUUAGGGUGGACCAACAAUUUUUGUUACGAUUAAUAAAAAUCCUCCGAUUUUUUCACCCAGUCGUUUAAAAAAUACGAAAAUUCCCGCUGGUAAUAUUUUAUUUGAAACAAAUUGUCGACAUUAUCACAACGGUUUAUCUCCCAGCGACAUUUGCUCUUGAUAAACAGCGUUAAAUUCUUUUUGAUACACAACACGAUAUUAUUCAUAAAUACUAUCUAUUUACUCCGGUAAUCGAUUCUGUAAGAAACGUGUAAAAUACAUUAUGAAACGGAAUUACCAUUGGCACCCGUACGUAUAGGGCGCCGCAAAACAGAGAAACACGGAAAUGAAACAAAAAUCGGAUUAUCAUUGUGUGUUAUUUCAAUUUCAAAUCGAUCGAGAAAAACGCGUCCGCGGGUAUCCGGUCCGAUUGCCGUCCAUAUGCUCCUCGCGGCGGUAGGCCGUGUUUAUGCAAUAAUUCCGCCACAUCCCCACGUAUAACACAUCCUACGCGCGCGCGCGGCGCGGCCAAGGCUCCGGUGACGGACGCCGGAGGAGACCCAAGGAUCCCCGUUCGCGGCACCCGGCCGCGCGCUAGCUCUUUAUAUGGAUAUGUGGUUCACGCACAACUCGCCGAGGAUUUCGGAGUCCGGCGUCAGCGGGCUCUGCAGCAAUCGUGUGGGACGCGGCGGACGUCCGUGGGCGCCGGGCGUUGCAGUUGUUUUUUUCGUAACGCACCCGCGCAACAGCAGCUGUUGUUGUGGGCCAGUGUAUUGCUUACCCGAAGGGGCCUAAUUUAUAAAAAUCAACGGCAUUGGGAAAUAUUGUUUUUUUAAAUUUUUUUUUUUUUUUUCCCAAUGAAAUAAUAAUAUAUAGUAUUGUAAUAAUGUGCAUACAAUAUAAAAUGGGUAAUAUUAUUAUUAUUAUAUUCGUAACUCGCGUAUUAGUAUUCAAUGGGUCCCCCUUGUGCCGAAGAGUUACCGCAGCGGCGGCGGCGCGUGGUUGCGCGGCUAACCUUGAAGCGCGCUUUUUAUUAUGGCAGACAGGUAUAUAGGCAAACGACUGCGGCCCCUCCACUUACUACGCGCCCAAUACCUGUGCGGUGUCGCACUCCUACUCAUUCACGUAUUUACCUACCACAUAUUAUAGUAUUCCCUCUCCUCGCCGGGCCGCCUACCCGGCCCGCAGACUGCGGUCCAACGGCCAACACGGUUCAGUUAUCUCUUGUUUACCGUUCGUCGUCGUCGGCCGAUUGUCGCGAAACGCUUAUCAUCACAUAGUAUCGUCCGAACUUUAGCCGAGUAUAUUAUUAUACGUAUAUAUAUGUAUAUGACUUGCUCGUGUAUAUUUCCAUACAGUUUACAAGUCGUGUUCCGAUAACGUCGCCAUGCGUCGCGCGGACGUACAAUAAUAAUAAAAACGACAACAUUAUAACCGCCCCGACCCCGGAACCAAUCCGCCGUCGUUAUGUACCGGUUCACCAAAGCUACCAAGGAGGUGUCGUCGUCGUCGUCGGCCGGACGGCCGGGCGGCAGCCGGCUGUUCAUGCAGGGCACCCGGGAAGGCGACGACGACGUGCGUGACCUGCAGGCCGUGUACACCAAGCGGCACAUAUCCACCGAGGUGACCGGGUCCAAUCACGAGUCGCAAAAAGUGGACAGGCGCCCCGACGUGGGCAGGCACUCGGUCACCACGCGCGUGAUGCGCAAGACCACGGUGCUGACUCGCGGCGUCGAGGUGUCGGCCGCCGAGAGCAUGAUGAAAAGCGGCCAGAUGAUGGUGUCCGACCAACCUUACGAGGAGUCCAAGAGAUCCUCGUCCAGGCACCAGGUCACCAAGACCAAGAAGGCAAAGGUAGUUUACGACAAACUGCAGGUUAUUCGUGCGCAUUGUUGUGUAACAUGCGUGACGGACCGCGAUUUACUGUAUACUGUCUCAUUAGGAAACCGCGGCGCUUUUGAACUCGAAAUAGCUUGAAAUUUCAACCAUUCUGGCCUUUUCCCAAGUCUAGUGCGGAAUUAUAGUCGAAACGACUUUUCAUUUAUUACUUUAUUAUUAUUAUUAUUACAAAGUUUGAUACGGUUUCGGAGAGCAGUGCGUGUGAUGUAUAUUAUGCACUUGUCGUGUAUCUUAUACACAACAAUUAUUUACAUAAUAUACUAUUAUUGGUACCUGUUAGCAUACAUUUUCGUUUUUUUAUCUUUAAAGUGCGUAAUAAUUGGCGACAGAAUUAUCAGCAAUAAAAAUAUUGUUACUGUUGUAGUGGGAUACUUGUUUCGAGUUGAUAAAUAAAGGUUUUCUUUUCGGUUUUUUUCUUUCUUUUUUUCGUACUUACAAUUUCACACAGACGAGCCAAAUGUUUACAUCUCACGAAUGAUGCUUUUUUUUUUUUUUUUUUUUUAAAUAUUUCGUUUGAUAUAAUAUAAUAUAAAUAUAGUACACGUCGUCGUACAAACAAAUACAUUUAUUAUUAUUUUAACUGUACGAGCAUUCGGUGGAUUCUACCGGCACGACUUUCCUUGGCGAGAAAGCUUUUAACUAGGGUAUAUAUAUAUAUAUAUAUACCGAGUAUUUAUUAUGAUAUUUAUUCGAUUUCGUACGGUAUUAUUUGAUUUGUACAAAAACCGCGUUAUAAACCACCACCCAGCCGUUAUUAUGGAGUAAAUUAUAAUAAUUUGGUAAAAAAUAACAAUUUGGUUAUAUAAAAUAUUUCAAUUGGUACUUCACGGUUUUCUCGAUACCAUAAUGUUACAUGAAUUUAUAUGGCCUUUCUCGGAGAACCGACCCCUUUGAAAAACAAAACGACGGGAAAAAUGUUUUUAACGUUUUUACUUACCUUAUAUAUAUAAUAGGUAUAAAACAAAUAACUGAAUCGGUUUGUGGCAUCGUCAUAUAUCAUAUUAGAAAAAAAAAACAUUCGAGUAAUAAUAUUAUAUACCUAUACUGUAAUGUAUUGGAACGGAGACACGGAUGGAUACUUAGGGGCCCAUCGACGUUUACAGAUGGAGGAUAGGUGGGUUAGGGGUUACAAUUGAUUUGAUAAUACAACCAAACGGAUAAUUUUAUCGUGAGAUUUUAGCCCUGAGUUCCAAAGAAAAAAAUUUUUUUAUCGAUUUAUCGAAUAAAAAUCUACUUAUUCGAUGUCGGAUGUUAGCUAAGUAUAGUACAACACAAAAAAAGAUUCUACGAUUCAUUCGCGAAUCAUACCGUUAUUAUUUACUAUACAUACCUCCCUUCUAUCCCCCGUUGACAAUUUCUGAGCAACGUAAAGGUGUACAACAUAGCUCGAUUUAUAACGUUUUUUUCGCUCAAAUUUACGUAGUAGUACAACGUUUUUCGAUAUCCGACGUAUCUGUAUAUAUAUACUGAAAUCGAAUCCUCCGAGUGAUUUAGGUUUGAAUUUGCUCGCAUACGUACAUAUAUAUAUAUAUAUUUAGUACACAGGCUGUGUGUUUGAGUGCACGUACCGGAAACAAGAAGCAGGUGAACGAACUACGAUGUGUGCGUAUUGAAGUGAACGGAUUUGUAGGUUGGUUUAGUGACUGCGUUAACGAGGAGGUACUUUAAGGGAAAGGCUAAACGUGAGUUCAUAUCGGGUUUUUGGCGCAUUUUCGGCCGUUUUAUCGCCGCGAGUUUGGUGUAUCUAUAUUCCGGCAAACAUGGUCUCGUUAAACGGAAAAAAAAACUGCGGCUAACGUACGACUGCUACGUGUAUAAUAUGUAUACGUAUUGUAUCCAUAAUGGAUAUAUUGUUUUGUAUGCCAUUUAUGUAUGUAUACGUAUUAUAGGGCGUAUCUGAAGGAUUUCAAAAUACCACGUGCAAUUAUAUAUUGUAGAAAAUUGUCAAAUCCUACGUCACAUUGUGUGUGUAUAUAGUUUGUACCGAGCGAAUAUCCGAAACGUACCACGGGACCGGUGUCUAUAUACAUACAUGUGUUAAACAACAUCGUGUAUAUGUGUUACGCUGUACCGGACUCGUAAAAUACAAUUAUUUUGAAAAAGUAUUUUCGAGUAUCGUGAUAGUAUUUAAAAUUGUGUUUAGAGGAUACGCAAAACAGAUACUUUUAAACGCUUUUUUUACGAAUUGUCCCAUAGUUGCGUAGUUACGCCGUUCGUAUAACACAGAUGUUGGUUAUACGAAUAUACGUCGUCGUGUUAAAACUUUGAACCCAUUCAACCAAAUACCUAGUACAUACUUACCCCGUUCGAACACCGAAAACUUAUUCGAAAAUAUUUCUAUUUAAAUACUUUUACACUCGAAUAUAAUAUACUUUGCUUAGACUUCGGCCGUUUCACUAUCUAGUCGUUUGUCGUAACGUAUGUUACUAUACAGCGAAGAAUAGUGUAAUAAUAAUAAAAACUGUACGAUCAGGGCACGCAUGGAUGGUUUCUUUUGCAUGGCGCACAUUUCCUUCAAACGUGCAUAAUGACGGUGACCUGGUUUUUUCGAUAUUCCUUUCUUCAACACUUACACUUACUACACACUCACACACACACACGCCCAUAAAUCACCUCUCUUUCUCUUUUAUACGGACCGAAGUUUUGUGCUUCUGAAAAUCGUCUUCGAAAAGUUUGCACGUGCGAUGAUGGAUAUCACCUACUAUGGCAUAAUAUGCGCGUAUUCGCAUUCGCUCGAAAAAUAAUAUUUCAAUCGAAGUACAAUAAUGGAAAAAAAAAAUAUAUAUAUAAUUUGUCUUACUAUAUAAUACCUAUAAUAAUAAUAAUAAUAAUAACAACAAACGGCAUGGGCGAGAAUGUGCGCGCGUUGCAAACGGCCUCCGUUUUAUUGGACCUGCUGCCCAUUUAAGGAGAAGACUGGUGGCUCGGUCGGAAACACGUAUGCCAAAUUGUAUUUUGUUUUCGACGCCGCGGCUGUGUCGUAUUAUUAUCAUUGUUGACCCUAAUAUAAUCGGUUUUUUAAUCCGUAUUAUUAUUCCGUCUAAAAAAAAAUUAUUACUACAUACGUACAUAGAUACAGCUGUAGUAAUUCGAACCUCCUCCGGCGAGACGAGAAACCUUAUGUGGACAUUUAAUACGACUCGCGUUAUGCGGCGCGUUUCAAUAAUAUUUUUCGUUUUUAUUUUUUCUCUCUUUUUAAUAUACCCAUCUCGAUUCUUUUAGAUAUCCGACAUCGUGGUCGGCGAAGAGCCAAACGUAUCGGCCCGCGACGCUUUAUUGAAAUGGGCUCGCAAAUCGACGUCGAAAUACCCGGGCGUUCGAGUGUCGGACUUCACGUCUUCGUGGCGAGAUGGCAUGGCGUUCAACGCGAUCAUUCACAGAAACAGGUAUAGACUUAAAAUGAAAACUAUAGUGUUUUUAUCAAACGGAAAAUAUUUAUACAGUUUUUUAUUUUUGUAUUUGCCACCAUAGACCUGAUUUACUAGAUUGGCGCAAUAUCAAAAACAAAAAUGUCCGGGAACGAUUGGAGUCCGCGUUUUACAUCGCUGAACGAGAAUACGGAGUCACCAGACUAUUGGAUCCCGAAGGUAUGUUAUAUACUCAUAUCGAAUGUUUACGUUCGUUUUGUAAAUUUAUUACAUGACGUGUAUUUAUAUUAUGUUUUUAGAUGUCGACACUCACGAAAUCGACGAAAAAUCAAUUAUUACAUAUAUAUCGUCAUUGCACGAAGUAUUUCCGGAACCGCCACGUUUACACCCUCUUUACGAUUCUGUUAGUAAAAAUUUAAAAGUUAAUUUAUAUUAAAAAAAAAUUGAUUUUAACUUUUAUUAUUAUUAUUUUUUCUAGGAAUCACAACAGCGUUCCGGAGAAUAUCGUGAAAUUGCAUCAUCGCUGAAUCGUUGGAUGCGUGAGAAAUUAUCUGUAAUGUCCGAUCGUAAUUUUCCAUCUACACUUAUUGAAAUGAAAAAAUUAGCCUCUGAAUCUACAAGGUUCCGCAAUGAAGAACUUCCACCCCGCCAUCGUGAUAAACAACAUCUCGUUCAUUUAUAUAAGGAACUUCAAGUAAAAACAUUUUACGUUUUGUUCUUUGAAACAUUUCAUAUAACAUUUAUGUUUUGUUACAGAAAUAUUUUGACGCUGUUGGUGAAAAUGAUAUUGAACCCGAAUUACAAGCCGAUGCUAUUGAUCGUACGUGGAAUCGUUUAAUGAUGUCUUAUCAAGAUCGAGAUUCUGCUAUUCAGGAAGAAAUUAAACGCCUUGAACGUUUACAAAGAUUAGCAGAGAAAGUUCACCGCGAAACAAAACGAACAGACCUUAAAUUAGAUGAGUUGGAAACUAGAAUUGUGGAAGAAGGACGCCGAGCCGAUAGAUUACAUCCAUUAGAUGCUAAGCAUAAUGCUGAUCAAUUGGAAACUGAGUUACGUUUAUCAGAAGAUACUAUACAGUCAUUGUUUGUUGAUGUACAAGCUCUGAGAGAAGGACGAUAUGUACAAGCACCAGAAUUACAAAAGAGGUAAUAUUUAGUAGUAAUUUUCCUUAAUUCUAGACCAAUUUUCUACCUUCAUUUUAUUUAGGGUUGAAAAACUACAUCAAAGAUGGGUAAACUUGCGUUCUUUGUUGCACUCUAAAGUACUUACCCCUUUAGCAUCUUUGUCAUUUCCUAUUGUUGAAGAGCGUACAGUUACCAAACAAACAAGAACCAUCUUGGAAACUAGACUUGUUGAUACAAAUACUCAUUUCCGCUCAUUACAAGAGUGUAUCGAUUGGUGUAAUAAUAAAUUGGUAAGACAGUUAAAAGUGUAUGUUUCAUUAAUUGUGAUUAUAACUUUUUUUUAUUGUAUUUACAGAAACAAUUACAAGAAGCUGAAUAUGGUUCAGACUUGCCUAGUGUUCAAGGGCUUUUAGACCAACAUCAGCGCGAACAUAAAACAAUUGACCAAUUUCAUACCAAAGUUGAACACUGCAUAAACGCCAAGAGUAAUUUCCAUGGAGACGAAUUAUCUCUAUAUUCGCAGCACUUGAACACACUACAAAAAGUUUAUUCUGAAUUAGUUACUUUCUCCAACAAACGCCUAUCUGAUCUAGAAACAUUGCAAGAUUUCUUACAAUCGGCUACAAAUCAACUUAUUUGGCUCAAUGAGAAAGAAGAAAUUGAAUUAAAUCGCGACUGGAGUGACAAAGAUUUGAACAUUCCAUCGAUUCGACAAUACUAUGAGGUAAGAUAUGAUUAUUAUUUACAACGAUAGAUAUAAUUACUGAAGGACUAUUAAGAUUUAAAUUGACCGCAUAUAUUUUUUAAGCAUACAUUUGGAUCAGGGGUUGAGGUUAGUUCAUGACUAAUUAUUCCUCUCAUUAUAAUUGUAUUUAAAUGGAUUAAAAUAUUUCUUGUUAUUAUUAUUAUUAUUAUUAUUACAGUCUUUAAUGUCAGAGCUCGAGAAAAGAGAAAUUCAACUAAGUUCAGUACAAGAUCGAGGGGAAGCAUUAAUUCUUCAAGGUCAUCUUGCCUCAAAGUGUAUUGAAGCUUAUAUUUCAGCUUUACAAACCCAAUGGACGUGGUUGCUCCAACUGACUCUGUGCUUAGAAACUCAUUUGAAACAUGCCACUUAUUACCACCAAUUUUAUUCUGAUAUCAAAGAAGCUGAACAGUGGUUAAACAAACGCGAUGAAUUAUUAAAUUCUGUUUUUAGCCAAUCAGAAUUUAGUUUGGAUGAUGGAGAGCGACUAUUGAAAGGUAUGCAAGAUCUCCGCGAAGAAUUAAAUAAUUUUAGUGAAGUGAUUGGGACACUCGAAGACCGAUCAAGACAAGUUGUGCCACUCAAACAGCGCAGGCUUCCAAUUACUAGACCUAUACCAGUCAAUGCCAUUUGUAACUUCCAGCAAAACGGGGUUUGUUUAGAAAAUAAUACCUAUUGGCAACUAUUUUGUUCAUUUUGAUUUUAUCUAUUUUUAGAUUAAUGUUGAAAAAGGAUCUCAAUGGUUACUCCAUGACAAUUCCGGACGAAUUAAAUGGAGGGUUUCUAGAGGAAUGAAUCUGACUGACGAUUCAAAUGUUCCUGGUGUAGUAUUCUUAAUCCCUCCUCCAGAUCAAGAAGCUUUAGAUUCUGUAGAUCGCUUGCGCAGAGCAUAUGACCGCUCAACAGCAUUAUGGCAGCGUAAACAAUUGCGUAUGCGUCAAAAUAUGAUAUUUGCAACUAUUAAAGUUGUGAAAGGAUGGGACUUGGCUCAAGUAAUUAAAUAAUUAAAUUAUUAUUAAAUAAUAUAAAUUUUAUUUUUAUCUAUGUUUUUUUUUUUGUAGUUUUUGGCAAUGGGUGCUGAUCAACGAAACGCUAUUCGUAAGGCAUUAAAUGAAGAUGCCAAUAAAUUGUUACGAGAAGGUGAUCCAGCUGAUCCUCAACUUAGAAGACUCAAGAGAGAAAUGGACGAAGUUAAUCGGUUGUUUGAUGAAUUUGAACGGCGAUCACAAGCUGAAGAAGAUAGUAAAAAUCUAACACGAAUGUUUACUGAACAAGUCAAAUCUAUUCAAAUUUCUUUGGACGAAUACGAACACACAUUAAAUACAAGAUUGAGUGCCCCUAUACCAAGGGAUAUGGACACACUUGAACAUUUAGUUAUUCAACACAAAGACUUUGAAACAUCAUUAAAGGUAAUUUUACACACAUACACACACACACACACACACACAUAUAUAUAUAUUGAUUACCUGUUAAAUAACAAUUAUGUUAAUAAUACUAAUAUAAUUUAUUUGUGCUUCAGAAUCUGGGUCCUGAUGUCGAAGCCAUGCAAACUACAUUAAAAAACAUACCAAACAAGACACCAGCCCUGCAAGCUAAACACGAUAAGGUCUUGAAUCAAUGGAAUCAGUUAUGGAAUUUAUCUCAGUUAUAUGUUGAAAGAUUGAAGUGUGCAGAAAUUACUUUGUCAGGACUAGAAGAAGCAAAUAAUGUUAUAUCAGAUUUUGAAAUAAAAUUAGCAUCUUAUGGUGAGAUGCCAUCUGAAUUGCCCGCUUUAAAAUUAGUAAGUACAUUAGAUUUGUAUCAGAUUUUAAUUACAUAUAUUUAUGUGUGUUUUUGUUACAAAGGUACAUCAAGAUCUGAUUGCACUACAAAAAAAUGUAGUCCUUCAGCAGCCAGUCAUUGAUCAACUGGUUGAAGAUAAACAUAAUACCAGGCGUUUAACAGAAAAAUCUAGGCACCAUUUACCGCGUACUGCUCAUCAUGAUUUGGAUAGACUAGACAGCGAUGUAAAUCGUAUUACAAGCAGAUGGAACAAUAUUUGUAGUCAAUUAGUCGACAGGUAUAUAAUACUCAAAAAUAUAUUUUAUUUAUUUUAUCAGAUUUUUGUUUAUUAGUACAAAUUAAAUGUAUUUUUUAAUUAUUAAAAUAUCUCAUUUUUUUUUUAUUUUCGUUGAUCUAGCAAUCAACAUUCUUAAUUUAUGUUUGUAUCUUUAGACUUAAAAGCUGUGAAGCAGCUUACGAUCUUUUGAACAAAUACAAAAAUUCGUACCAGUCUGAAGUUCAAAUCAUUGAUGAGAGCUAUGUAAAAUUAAAUAAUGUAGCACCUCUUAAAAUGCAAGCACGAGACUUUACAGAAACAACAAAGGUAAGUGAACCAUUAUUAAAAUAGAAUUCUGUUAUUAUAUGUUAUCAUUAAAUAUAUAUUUAUGGUGAGUAAUGUAUUAAAUAUUACUUUAAUUCAACCAUAAACUUGCAUGUAUAAUAAAAACAAAACAUAAUAAUUUAAUAUAUAUUGUAUAAUAUUAAUUAUUAAUUUAACAUGAGUUUAAUAUACUGGACUAUAUUAUCUGAGUUGUGCUAUAUAAUAUCCAAAACCAGAGUUUGACAUUUAUUGAUAUUAAUACAUCUCGUAGGCUUUGUAUAACAAGGUGCAGGAACGUACUAAAGCAAUUGAGAACGUCAAUGUGGAUGGUGGCAGAUUUAUACGAGAAGCUAAGGUAACGAGCUUUUAACAUUAAAAAAAAAAAUCGAAAUUUUGCUGUUUUAACCAUUUAACAGACCAUAACAAAGACUAUGCGUAUAAUUAACCCGCACAUAGAUAUAUGACCUACGACUUCAACACUACUGCGCCUGGUUGGUGGACGAAAUUCAUCCAAGCCUUGAUGCCAGCAACUAUCAUAAAGAUCAAAACAUGGAUCCCAGUGUUGGCGAAUUGGCUGUGUCUCAUGAACUUGAUGUGCUCAACCAUAGAUUUCAAGCGCUUCUAAACAUGUUGAUUGAUCAGUUAAAAAAUCUAGCUUCAGUUAAUACAGAAGAUCUUGAAUUACAGGUAAAUAGGUUUAUUUAAUAAUUCAAAAAUAUUACAUAAUUUAGGAUUCUGCAAUCAUUAUUUUUUUUAAUAUCAAUAUUGUUUUUUAUUUUAUAACCGUAAAAUUAAAACAAUAUUGAAAUAUUGCCAAUAUAUCAAUUUCAGUUUUUCAUAUAAAAAAUUGAAUUUAAAACUACUAUUUUAUCGGUUCUCAUUAUAGUUGAUAUCUUUUUUAUGUACAUUUAUCACAACACUAGGUAGCUAGUAUUUAAAAAAACAAACAUGUUUAAUAAUUUACCUUAUCUAGUAAAUAGUAGGUUUAGAUAAACUAUAAAUGUAUGUACCAUGACUAUUUUUCAGUUUUGGGUAAUUCCAUUAAUAAAAAAUACACUGUUUUAAAAUUUAGAAAAUAUCUGCGAUAUUCCCUAAAUGAUAGGUUUAUAUAUUUAUGAAAUUAGGUCUUUUUGUUACUUUUAGAUUCAGAGGAAAAUGAGGAAUGUAUUCUUUUAAUUACCUUUUUUUUGUGUGUGAACAAUUUUUCUACCAGAAAUUUUGCUCCAAUUAUAUCAUAUAAUUUGUGUUGAUUUAUAUAUCUUGGCAACAAAGGAAACAAAUAUACCUAAUAAUACUAUGCUCAGAAUCGUUUUUAAUUAGCAGUAGUUAAUAGUUGUGUACAAAAAAAUUAAAUUACUGUGUAUAAUAACCUUUCUUCAAUAUCUCCUAAAACAGUAGUACACUCAUCAGCAGUAUCAUUUUUGUUUGUUUUUAAGUACUGUUAAUAUACAUUUAAAAUGAUUAUGUAUUUUAUUCUUGAGUUGUUACAUACUGUUUUUACUAGACUUUGAAGUUCAAAUUUUGUUGUGAUGAAAUUAGAUUAAAACACGAAAACUUGUAAUAUAUUUUGUAGGUAAAAAUUAACUUAAAUUUUAAAUUAAAAAAAAAAAUUUUUAUCUUGCUCCUUUCAGAACAUCUUUUGUUUACAGUGAUUUAUAUUAUAAAAUUAAGUGUUAUAACUUAAUCUAUAUAAGUCUAUCUUUCCUAAUUCUCUCCUAGGACAGUUGCAAUUUAUAAUUUAUGUUAAAUAAUCAUAUUUCUUUUAAAACUUUAUUUUUUUUCUUUUGUUUUUAUUUCUUUUUUUUAUGUUUGAUAUAUUUAAUUUAUUAUUCAUAAAAAUAAUGUUAACUUUUACCAAUAAAAAGUCUUCUAAUAAUUAACUUUUUUAAUUUUUUAAGUGAUUGCACCCACAUACGUCUAUUGCCAAUUAUUGUGUACUUUUCAGUUUUUCUAAAAAUAAUUGAAACAUAGAUUAUUAUAUCCUUGAAGUUAUAAAAUAACAUAUUAUUAUGAGAUAAAACUCAAGGUUUGGUUCUUAACGUAUCAAUUUAGCUAUUAGGAAUGAUUAGUAUAAAUAAAUGUUACAGGAAUUUGUCAGGACCCUAGAGGCUAAGCCAUUACGCACAUUCAGAACUGAAUUCAAUAUUUAUGAUACCGUUACUGAGUGAGUACACUACUUGGUACUUUUUAGUUUUGUUAGUUUUUUUAUAGUUGUGUGUUUAAUGUAGGUAUUUUAUUGUUAUUAUAUUUUUAGAGUAUCUACUAAUGGUGUAGAUGAAAUAGUAACUGCAAAAACCAUAAAUCAUCAGUCUACAAUGGGUGGUCACCAUUCUUCACCGUCAAUUGAAUCUAAUGCUGAAGCAGAUAUUCGCUCUUUGCGCCGGCGUAUGGAAGAAGCAACGGGAAUGGAUGAUGAUAUUAUUAAUGCUCCAGGGAUUGUGCAUCCAAAGACUGGCAAAAUUUUAACAGUAGGCGAAGCAAUUCGUUUGCGUGUUUUGGAUGUACGUACCGGUCGCAUUGCUACUCAACCAGACUCAAAGUCUGGUUGGGUGGAUAUUGAGCAUGCUGUUGGAAAAGGACUGGUGGACAAGGGACUAGCUGACAAAUUAUUGGGACCCUGUGUUGUUGGUGAUGAAGGACCACAAAUGACCCUGUUGGAAGCUAUUCAAAAGGAGUUAUUGGACGCUGAACGAGGACCAGUGGAAAGGAUUAAGGUAAAAAAUGAAGAUGAUAUUGCUGAUUUUAGUGAAACUCUCAAUUCGAGCGAGGUUAGGGCUGAGGUAUUCCAAGUGUUAAAUAAAAGAGUCACAUUAAACGAAAAAGAAAUGACUGUACUCGAUGUAGCUCAUCAAGGAAACUUGGAUAAAAUAAAUUUAGCUAAUGAUGAAUUGCAGCUUUUGUCAAAACUUAAUGGCCUCAAACAUAAAAGUUCUUUAAAAGUUGUAAUAAACAAAACAUUAGAUGCCUUAAAAAUGAAAGAAGAUCCUGGGGUUGACCUGCCACCAGAAGGCUGGAACUUGUCUGAAGCAAUUGAACAAAAUUUAUUUGACCCAGUAUCAGGUGUUUUUAUUAUACCCGGUACCGACCGAUUGGUUUCUUUUAAGGAGUGUAUUGAUAUGCGCAUUAUAAAUCCUGAUUCUGCUGUAGUAGUAGAUCCAGAUAAGCCAAGAACUUUAACAUUGAAACAAGCGCUAAGGAAAAAUAUUUUAGAUACUACUGGUCACUAUCAAGGAAGUACUAUGAAAGAAGCUAUAGAAGGCAAAUUUAUUUGCGAUUCAUCGACAGUUGAAUGUGUCACCCCAACUUCACCCCAUGAAAUAGUUGAAAUAAACAAUGGCAAACGUAAAGGGGAACGGUCUAAUAGUAUGCGACCUCAGUUUUUUGUACAAGAAUCAAUAACUGAAGAAGAACUGGAUGAAGUAAUACAAACUGAUAGUAGAAAUGUACCAUGUUUACCUAAAUUACUUCUAGAACCAAGCGCCACAGGAAUGACCUUGGUAACUUAAACAAUGAUGUAAUUUUAUACCAUGCAUGGUGUAUUGUGUUUUAAAUUUAUAUAACUGUUAUGUUAAAGAAGUUCCAUAAUUAAUUAUUUUUAGAAGUAUAGCUUUUUUUUUAUACAUAUACAAUUUUGUCAUUUGAUUGCUUUUGUAUUUGUUUUUUAUUUUUCAGGACAUUAGAUCAACAGAUUACAUUUUAGAAAGCUAUAUAUACCUACCAGUUAUUAUUUUGCCUAUAAAAUAUGCCUAACAAUAUCAUUUAUAUGAUGUUAUAACUUUUAAUAACAAAUUUGUAUGUCUUUUUUUUUUAUAAGGCUUAUUUUAACAGUUACACAAUUUGAUAAUCGAUAGAAUCAAUAAAUUAAAACUAAAAUUAGUUUUAGAUGAACUGCUUUUAAUUUGAAUGCAUUGAACAUAAUCAUCAGUAUGCUAAAUUGUGGUCUAAUAAUAAUUAUAAACAAAAAAAUUAAACAUUUUCAAUUUAUUUAUACCUGUUUAACAUCUUAUACCUAUGAUUUAUUUGUAGCAAGCCAUGGCUGAGAAAUAUAAAUUGUGUGAUGACACUUUGACAGAAUAUUUGAAUUGGAUUGGAGAAAUAGAAGAUAGAAUUGCCAACCAAGAUAUAGCUCAAGAAGAUUUAAACCAGCUUCGAAAUCAAAUAAACAUUUUAAAAGUAUGGGGAUUUAAACUAUUAAAUUGAGUUAUUUAUAUAUUUUGUAUUUUGUAUUUUUAGCUGAUCAAAGAAGAAAUUGACUCCCAGUUACGCCCUAUUACAACAUGUUUGGAUCAAGUACGUCAUAUAAUUGCUACAGGCAGUGAAUACUUGUCAAGAGAAGAAGUAAAUAACGUCGAGAAAAAAGCAAAAUCUUUAAAAUCCCGCUACGAUCAUGCAAAUGAACGUACUGAUAAACUUCUUCGCCGUUUAGUGUCUGCUAAAGAUGAACUAUCGAAAUUUAAAUCUGAACUUACAACAUUUACUACAUGGAUGGACAGAGCUCAACGCACUCUUGAUGAAAAAGAACGUGCUUUAGCUAAUAUCAAUCGACUUGCUGAUACAUCAUCAACCGAAUCUACUAGAGAGUUUGUAUCUGAUGUUAUUGCACAUCAAGCCGAUCUCCGUUUCAUUACAAUGGCCGCUCAAAAGUUUAUUGAUGAGUCUAAAGAAUAUUUGACUUGCUUAAAUGAUUUCAGAACAGGUUUACCGUCCAGGCUUCAUCAUAUCGAACCAGUUUCUUCACAAGACAGUGUGAUUAAAAACACAGUUACCAAUGUUUCUAAUAGUUAUAGAGAUCUACUUGCACGAGCUAAUGCUUUAUCUGAUAAAUUAAGUGGACUUAAUUCUAAACAAAGAGAAUAUAAAGAUGCUUUAAAUGCUGUUAAAGCUUGGCUUAGGGAAGCUGAACCAAGAGCCGUUAAAAUUCUUAACGAACCAAUUGGUGCCGAUCCAAAUUCUCUUGAAGAUCAACUUAAUCGCACAAGAACAUUAAAUAAUGAAUUUUUGGGACAAGCAAGACUUAUUGAAAAUGUUAAGCAAUCUGCAGAUGCUUUGAUCAGGUCACUUGAAGGGCAAAGUGGUAUGAAAGAAGUGGAGGCUAUACAAGGACCCGUUAAGGAAUUAGAAGAUAAGUACAGAUCGUUAUGUAAUGGUUUAGCCGACCGACUAUCACAAUUGGAUAUUGCACUGGUUCAAUCACACGGCGUUCAAGAUGCAUUGGAUUCAUUGCUUCAUUGGUUGAAUGAUGCUGAAGCAACAUUAAAGUAAGUUUUUUAAAAAAUUUUGAAUACUAAACUAAUGACCCGUUUUAUUGAUAUUCUACUUUAUUAACUAUCAUUAUAUUUAUGUUCAAUUUUAUAAUAUUAUUGUUAUCUGAACAAAAAAAUCAGUAUUUAAAAGUAAAUGCAUCCGUUUUAACUAUUUUUUUUUUUUUUUGUACGGACACCAGCAACAAUUUUCCAAACGUAACAUUAAAUAUAAUAGUGAUAAUACAAUUAAUAGAUAUUGUAAUAGAAUAGGAAUUGAACAAAUUUUAGUAAAAUAAGUUACUAGUAUUUAAAUAAAAAUAUUGAAAUAUACUUACAUAAGAAAAAAAAUUUUUUUUGUAGGAAUAUAACAAGACCAGUAAGUUUGCAUACUGAUCGUCUAGGCGAACAAAUUCGUGAGUAUAGGUUAUUGCAAUCAGAUAUCGAUACACAUAGAGCAAGUGUUGAUAGUGUUGCACAUUCUACUCAAGAGUUAAUGAUUAACUCAAGUAAUCCUAGACUUGCAAAAAAAAUCGAAAUUAAGUUAAAGGAUGUUAUGUCACGCUUCGAAAAGCUUUUGGAUAGAACGGCCAAACGAGGAGAGUUAUUGAACGACAUCAACCAAACUUUGUCUUCAUUUAAUAGUCAAGCAGCAAUGCUUGAACAAUGGUUGGCAAAUGCAUUGGAGAAUUUUAACAAUAUGCCGGAAAAUAAAUUGGAAGAUUUGAUUGCCCAACGAGACUCUCAAAGACAAGCGUUGGAUCAAACAAUACGUGAUGGAAAAACUCUCAUCAAUAAUAAGGAUGUAACCGAUACUCCCCCUGUACGUGAUCGUGUAAAAGGUUUAGAAAACCAAUGGAGAAAUUUGAACCAGCUGUUAGAAGAAAAGCAAAGGUUAACCAAAGCUAAAGUGGAACAACUUCAAGCUUAUGAAAAACUCAGGGAUCAAGUGUUAGUGUGGUUAAAUAACACCGAGAAAAGAGUGAAUCAAUUGGAGAGUGUUGCUGUAGAUAUAAAUAUUAUUAAAAAUCAAAUUGAUGAACUUAAACCAAUCGCUAAGGAUCAUCGUGACUAUAGUAUUACAAUAGACAGAUUAAAUGAUCUAGGUUCCUCAUUUUAUGAUUCCGGUCUUACUAAUUCCACCAGACGCCGUAGUUCAGUGUCUCCCACUAAACGUUACUCUUUGGAUUCUCUAAGAAAAAAUUCUAGAGAUUCUCCACGAAGUUCAGUUGUCAGUUUCACUUAUAGUAGAAUUGAAGAUGGUUUGGAUGAUAGUCCUGUACAACAAGAAUUGAAUGAAAUUAAUAACAGAUAUAACCUAUUAGGUAUAAAAAUAUCCGACAGGCAAAAUGAAUUAGAUACUAUUAGAGAUGAUGUGAGAAAAUUGGUGGAUAACAUGAAAAUAUUAAAUCAAUUUUUAGACAGAACACAGAAAUCAUUACCUAAAGAAAAUAUUCCUUUGACCAAAGAAGAGUCUGAUAAAGCAGCAAAACAGGUUAGGGCUGUUCUUGAGGAAAUGUAUGAAAAACAGUCCCUGUUAGACAGUACUAAAUCUGGUGUAAAUGAUUUAUUAAAAAAGAAACCCACUUCAUUGGGUGCUGAUAGAUUACAUGAUGACAUUCAAAGUGUUACAAGCCGCUGGAAGAACCUAAAUGAUACUUGCAAGAAUCGUAUUAAACUUCUUGAAGAUUUAAAAGAUUUCCAUGAUUCGCACGAUAAUUUGUCAAACUGGUUAGGAGCCAAAGAACGUAUGUUAAAUGUUUUGGGGCCAAUAUCAUCAGAUUCCAGAAUAGUGCAAAGUCAAGUUCAGCAAAUACAAGUAUUGAGAGAAGAGUUUAGAACUCAACAACCACAGCUUACACAUUUAACAUCUGUUGGUGAAAGUAUAUUAAAUAGAUUGCCAGAUUCUAACUCUGUAGAUGCUCAACGAUUUUCUAAUAAGUUGUCAACAAUUUUACAAAAAUGGUCAGACUUGCUUGGAAAACUAGAAGACAGAGCAUCCAAUCUUGGCGCAGCAGCCGAUUCCACUCGAGAAUUUGAUGCAGGUCUUGCUCGUUUAACUGAAGCUUUACAGAAUAUUUCGGAUCAACUGGAUGAUGUUUCAUAUGAUAAAGAACCAGAAGAUAGGCUUAGGAAAAUACAAAAUUUGGAAAGACAAUUGGAAGGCCAAAGACCAUUAUUGGCCGAUUUAGAAGAUGCUGGCAGUCAUUUGUGUAAUGUAUUAGAUGAUCCAGCUUGCAAAGCAGAUAUUCAAGCAAAAUUAGCGGCUAUAAAUCGUCAAUACAACAACUUGCAAAAGAAAUUGGAUAAUAAAAAAGCUGAAAUUGAAGGAUCAUUAAAAGAUGGUAGACAGUUUGAAGCUACUUGUGCUUUGACACUUGGUUGGCUUUCUGACCAAUUGGGCAGUCUCACAGAACGUUUAUUAAUAUCCGCUGACAGAGACAUACUACAACAACAAGUUGCUCAGUACGAGCCUAUAUAUAAAGAAGUUUUACACAAAGAACACGAAGUCAUUAUGCUUUUGAACAAAGGUCGUGAUAUGUUAUCUCGAACUGGGCAACGUAAUGAAUCUCGUAAUUUACAACGUGACCUAGACAAAAUACAACAAAAUUGGGAUAAAUUGCGUAAAGAAGCUGCUGACCGCCAUAAUAGACUUCAGACUUGUAUGGAACAUUGUAGGAAAUAUUAUAGAGCCCAAGAGUCCUUCACACCGUGGUUGACACAAGCUGAAAAUAAAUUAGAACUUAUUCGACCAACCAGUUUUAGCAAAAGAGAUGUGGACAAACAACUCAAAGAAUUAUCUGCUUUUAGAAACGAAGUGUGGAAACAUUCAGGUGAGUUUGAAAAUGUUAAAACUCUUGGAGAAGCAUUCCUUUCCUCUUGUGACGUAGAUAAAGAACUGGUAAAACAGGAAUUGUUGACUAUUAAAACUCGUUGGGAUAAAUUGAACAAUGAAUUAAUGGAAAAAACACAGUGGUUAGAAGACAUUUCAAGAAAGUUGGCUGAAUUUUCCGAUAACCUUAGAGAUUCUGAACAUGCCCUGCAACGCUGUGAAGAUAAACUUGCAUCACAUGAUUCUAUUGGUGGUGCAGCACGUGAUCCAAAACUUUUAGAGAGAAUUAAAGCUUUACGAGAAGACGCCAGAAAGUUAAGAAGCCCGUUAGUUAGUUUAAGGCAAACAGCAGGGGACUUAGCUUCAGAAGCCGCCCAGAUGGGUGUUGGUGACUCCUUAAAAUUACAAGAUGAUGUAGAUAAUCUUAUGGAUCGAUUAGAUGAUUUGGAAGGUAAACUGGAUGACAGAUGUUCCCAAUUACAUUCAGCUUCGACAGCAUUAGCACAGUAUGCAGAUAAAGUCAAAUUGCUUAGCAAAAACCUGAACGAUUUAGAAGCUGAAUUUGACUCAUUGCAACCACCUGGCCGAGAUGUAAAAACCGUAACUGGUCAAUUAGACGAAGUAGACAAAUUUAUUAAGAAAAUUGCUAGAGCUGGAGAUGAUGCUACAGAAAUGUUAGAUCUUGGCCAGCGUUUGGAAGAUUCUACUUCUAUGCGUGAUCAAGCUGAAUCAUUGACUCGGCAAUUGAAUAAACUUGAUGAACGAGCAUCCAAUAGGCAAACAGAUCUUGAAAAUAUUUUGGACAGGCUACAAGCUUUUAAAAAUAAACAUGACAAUGUUAUUCAAGACAUAGACCAUGCAACAGAUGAAUUUAGAAGUUUGAAACCAAUUGGAUCUGAAGUGGAGGCAAUCAAAUUCCAACAACAAGAAUUUGCUUCUUUCAGGAAAAAUUCUAUUGAGCCUCUUAUUGUAGCUGUAGAUGAUGUUAAUGGUGUAGGUCAAAGAUUAAUUCAAUCUGCUGCCAGAGGUGUGAACACUGGUGUUUUAGAAAAAGAUUUAGAAAAAAUGAAUGAUAAGUGGAAUUCAUUGAAAGAGAAAUUAAAUGAAAGAGAUAGGCGUUUGGACUAUGGACUUUUACAAUCUGGAAAGUUUCAAGAAGCUUUAGACGGUUUUGCUAAGUGGUUAGCUGAUACAGAAGAAUUAGUAUCCAACCAAAAACCACCAUCAGCUGAUUACAAAGUGGUAAAGGCACAAUUACAAGAGCAGAAGGUAAAUAAAUAUUUUUGAAUUUUUAAAAUUAUUUUAGACAAGUAAACAAUGUAUUCAAACUAAACUGAUUUUAUUUUUAGUUCUUGAAGAAAAUGUUGGCGGAUCGACAAAAUUCAAUGUCAUCAAUAUUUGAUAUGGGCAAUGAAGUUGCAGCCAAUGCUGAUCUUAGAGAACGUAAAGAAAUUGAAGUACAACUGAAAGAAUUAUCUCAGCGUUUUAAUAAUUUGGACCGUGGUGCUACAAAACGUAUGGAUGACUUGCAAAGAGCCAUGGUGGUGGCUAAAGAGUUUUUAGAAAAAAUAACACCUCUUUUAGAAUGGUUGGAUAAAAGUGAGAAAAAAAUUAAAGAUAUGGAACUCAUUCCUACAGAUGAAGAAAAAAUACAACAGAGGAUUAAAGAACACGGGGUAAGUAAAAAAAAAAACAACUAAUUCUAAAAUGAAAAAUUCUUUAACUAUUUUUAUUUUUAGAAAUUGCAUAAUGAAAUCCUAUCCAAAAAUCCUGAAUUCCAUGAUCUCACAGAAGUAGCAAGUACAUUAAUGGCUUUAGUUGGUGAAGACGAGGCAUCUGGUGUAGCAGAUAGAAUUCAAGAAACCGCUGAUCGUUAUGCUACACUUGUGAAUACAUCAGAAAGAGUAGGACAACUGUUACAAGACUCUCGAGCUGGGCUUAGGCAUUUAGUAUUGACAUAUCAAGAUUUACAAGCAUGGAUGGAAGGCAUGGAAAAACGUUUGGGCAAAUAUAAAGUGUUGCCUGUGCAUACAGACAAACUUGUUGAACAAAUGGAGGAUAUUGCAGAUUUGUGUGAAGAAAUAUCAAAUCACCAAUCAGAUGUUGAUGGAACUGUAGAAACUGGUAUGGAACUUAUGAAACAUAUCACUAGCGAUGAAGCUAUUCAAUUAAAAGACAAGUUAGAUGUAUUGCAAAGACGUUAUAAUGAUUUGGUCACUACUGGCACUGAUUUAUUAAAGAAUGCUGAAAGUAUGUUGCCACUUGUACAACAAUUUCACAAUGCUCAUAAACGUUUGGGUGACUGGAUGUUGUCUGCUGAAUCACAAUUGCAAACUGCUGAACCAAAAGAAGAAGAUAUACACAAUUUAGAACUUGAUAUUCAAGGUGUGUAGUAGUAUUAUUAGUAAUAUUACCAGUUGGUUAAUUUUCUAUUUUCCAAUUAAAUUUAAUUUAAUAAUAAUAAUAAUUUUUGUUUCUUUCUUUAGAAUUCCGUCCAGUAUUAGAAAAUAUCAACCAAAUGGGUCCACAACUAUGUCAAAUGUCCCCUGGUGAAGGUGCUUCAACCAUAGAAGGCCUUGUUACAAGAGAUAAUAGAAGAUUUGAUGCUAUUGCUGAACAAAUUCAAAGAAAAGCUGAACGAAUACAUUUGUCUAAACAGCGAUCGCUUGAAGUUAUUGGUGACAUGGAUGAUUUGUUAGAUUGGUUCCGUGAAGUUGAAAACCAGCUGAGAGAUGCAGAACCUCCUAGUAGUGAAGUGGAUAUUAUUCGUGUACAGCUUAAAGAACAUAAAGCAUUAAACGAUGACAUAUCAAGUCAAAAGGGACGAGGGAGAGACGUAUUGUCUAUGGCAAAGAAAGUAUUGAGAGAAGUUACACAAAGCAAUGAUACCGGUCUAAUGCGUGAAAAAAUGGAGGACCUCCGUGAAGUAAUGGAACAUGUAUCAUCAUUAAGUGCAGAACGUUUAAGUGUGCUCGAACAAGCGUUACCUCUUGCCCAACACUUCCAAGAAUCACACUUUGAUUUAUCAGGUUGGUUGGACGACAUGGAACGUCAAGUUUCAAUGUUAGCUAUGCCUGCUCUAAGACCAGAGCUUAUUGCUCAGCAACAAGAUAAAAACGAAAUGUUUAUGCAAUCCAUCGCAGAACAUAAACCACUUGUAGAUAAGCUCAAUAAAACCGGUGAAGCUUUAAUCAGAUUAUGUAAUGAAGAAGAAGGAUUAAAGAUCCAAGAUAUUAUGGACAGUGAUAAUGCUAGGUACGCAGAAUUAAGAUCUGAACUCAGACAAAGACAACAAGCUUUGGAAAAAGCUUUACAAGAGACCAGUCAAUUUAGUGACAAAUUAGAAGGCAUGUUAAGAGCAUUGCAAAACACUGCUGAACAGGUAUCUGGUGCUGAACCUAUAUCUGCUCAUCCGCCCAAAAUUCGUGACCAACAAGAUGAGAAUGAUGUAGUUGCUGAAGAUUUACACAAACGUGCUGAUGCAUUCCAAGCAGUGAAAAGAGCAGCAAAUGAUGUAAUUAAUAAAGCUCCUAAUUCCUCGGAUCCAGCUGUCAAAGAUAUUAAACGCAAACUAGAAAGAUUAAACAGUCUUUGGAAUGAAGUUCAAGAGGCGACUAAUGAUCGUGGCCGUAGUCUUGAAGAGGCUCUUAUACUGGCGGAAAGAUUUUGGGAAGAAUUACAGAAUGUAAUGGGAACAUUAAAGAAUUUACAAGAUUCAUUACAAUCACAAGAUGCGCCGGCAGUAGAACCUGCUAUAUUAAAACAGCAAAAGGCUGUAUUGAAAGAAAUCAAAGCAGAAAUCGAUCAGACCAAACCUGAAGUAGAACAAGUUCGGGAAAGUGGUAAAAAAUUAAUGAAAGUGUGUGGAGACCCUGAUAAGCCAGAAGUUAAAAAACAUAUUGAAGACUUGGAUAAUGCCUGGGAAACUGUAACUGCAUUAUUUGCUAAACGCGAAGAAAAUUUGAUACAAGCAAUGGAAAAAGCUAUGGAAUUCCAUGAAACAUUACAAGUAUGAAUUGAAUUAUCUAUAUUUUUAGUUUUAUUUGAAUCAUUGCUAUCUUAUAAUUGUUGUCUUGAACAAAUUAUUUAUAAUUUGAGGGGAAAUUACUUUUUAUGUGAAAAAAAAAUUAUUUUGCUAUGUAUAGCAAUGUACAUCAUGUUUUAUUAUAUUUAUCAUAGAAUAUUAAUCUGCAUUAGGAUAAUGUAUUAAUCAUAUAUAUUAUUUAUAUAUAUUUCCAACUUCAAAUAAAUAUUUUUAAAGACCCGACUAACUAAAUAAUAAUGGCAUUAUAAUACGUUUUAUUGUUGUUGGUACAAAUAAUUUAAAUUUAAAAAAAUCCGAGUAUCGUGGCCUACACUAAAUAAUAAUGAUCAAUGUUAACAAUAAUAUUAAAAAUAUUUAUUAAAAAAGUUUUAUUUUUAUUUUCAGUUAACAAAUUGAUAAAUAAUUUGAGACAUUCUAUCUUUAAUCACCAUUUAAACAAAUAAUUUUUGUUGUUGGUUUGGCCUUUUAAAUAUUCUUACAAACUUACUAAUAUUUUAGUAUAAUUUGUGUAGAUACUUAAAAAUGUUCUAUUCAAAGAAUGUGAGUUUGCAUACUUAUUAUAAUAUUUAACAAUUUUUUAAUUUUUUUUCCAGGAUUUACUUAAAUUUUUGGAUGGAGCUGAACGCAGAUUUGCAAAUUUGGGUCCUUUGGGCACAGACAUCAAGGUUGUUAAAAACCAAAUCGGUGAACUUAAAAAUUUUAAGUCUGAUAUUGACCCUCAAAUGGUUAAAGUAGAAGCUCUGAACAGGUAUAUACUAUACUAUACUAUACUAUUAUAGUGUAUAAAUGCAUAUAAAUAGUAUAAAAUAUUUAUUAAAUUGGUUAAUAUUGUAUAUUAUGUUUAAUAAUCGCUUACUAUGGAUUUUAUUUUUAUAUAGAAGUUUGACUAGGUAAUGACUAUAAACUAGUUCAUAAAUUUAUAUUAACAUUGGUUUUAUACUAUACAGACAAGUGGUGCUUUACAGAAUAUUAUGAACUACUGUUAAUAGUGUUAUGCCUAGGCAUAGAAUACAAUGGAUUAUAAUGUUAGAACUUAGAACUAGUUUCCAAUAUCUUAUAUAGCUACCACUUGUCUGUAUAUUUUUAAUAAUAUUAAUGUAAACAUUAUAUUACUAUAUUAUAUUUAUAAUUUAAAGGCAAGCUCAAGAACUCACUGAAAGGACUACAGUUGAACAAGCAGCUGCUCUCAAACAACCGUUAACUGAAGUAAACCGUAGAUGGGAAAAUUUGCUGAAGGGUAUUGUAGAACGUCAACGUCAAUUAGAAAAUAGUCUUUUACAAUUAGGUCAAUUCCAUCAUGCAUUAGCUGAACUUCUUGCAUGGAUCGAUGCUACUAAUAAAACAUUAGAUAAAGAUUUAAAACCUGUGGCGGGUGAUUCUCAGUUAUUAGAAGUAGAACUCGCUAAAUUGAAAGUAUUGGUCAAUGACAUCCAUGCCCAUCAAUCAAGUGUUGACACAUUAAAUGAUGCUGGUCGACAAUUAAUAGAAAAUGGAAAAGGAUCAGCUGAAGCUAACACUACUCAAGAUAAGCUUAACUUACUUAACAAGAGCUGGAAAGAUUUAUUACAAAAGGCAGCUGAUCGGCAGCUGGAAUUGGAAGACGCAUUACAAGAAGCCCAAAGAUUUGCUGUAGAAAUACAAGAUCUCUUAUCAUGGCUUGGUGAAGUUGACGGUGUAAUAGCUACAUCUAAACCAGUUGGUGGUUUACCUGAAACUGCUAGUGAACAAUUGGAACGUUUUAUGGAAGUAUAUGAUGAACUAGAAUCUAAUAGACCCAAAGUGGAAACCGUGUUAGCACAAGGACAAGAAUAUUUGAAAAAAUCUCCUAGCUCAGGAAAUCUUCAACAGAAUUUGAAAACAUUAAAACAACGAUGGGAUAGUGUGACUGCUAGAGCUAAUGAUAAGAAAAUCAAAUUGGAGAUUGCUCUCAAAGAAGCUACAGAGUUCCAUAAUGCUUUACAGGUAUGUUUAAUAAAAUUUUCAUUAAAAUUAUUUAAUUCAUUAUUAUAUAUUAUUUGUGAAAAUAAAAAUGUAUCAUGUUAUAGGCAUUUGUUGAUUGGUUAACUGAUGCUGAAAAAACUUUAUCAAAUUUAAAACCAGUUUCCCGAAUUUUGGCUACUAUUUUAACACAAAUUGAAGACCACAAAACUUUUCAAAAAGAUGUUAGUUCCCAUCGAGAAAUUAUGCUUCAUUUGGACAAAAAAGGAACUCACCUUAAGUACUUCUCACAAAAACAAGAUGUCAUACUCAUAAAGAACUUGUUGAUUAGGUAAAAUUGAAUUGAAAAAUGUUUUGUACAGUUAAAAUGUUUAAAAUAACAAUUAUCUUUUAUUUUGUUAGUGUACAACAUCGCUUUGAACGUGUAGUUUCAAAAAGUGCUGAAAGAACUCGUGCACUUGAUCAUGGUUACAAAGAGGCUCGCGAGUUCCACGAAGCAUGGUCAAGCCUAAUGGAAUGGUUGACCACUGCUGAAAAGAACUUGGAUGAGUUAACUCAAGAUGCCAGUGUUGGAAAUGAUCCAGAACGUAUCAAACAACGUUUGGCUAAACACAGAGAUGUACAACGUGCCUUGAGUGGAAAACAAAGCACUUAUGAUUCUACAAUGAGAAUGGGUAAAGCUUUGAAAGAUAAAGCUCCAAAGAGUGAUGAACAUCAGUUAAACAAAAUGAUUAAUGAACUGAAAGAAAAAUGGAAUAUGGUUUGUACUAAAUCUGUUGAUAGACAGAGGAAAUUGGAAGAGGCUUUGUUAUACAGUGGACAGUUUAAAGAUGCUAUGGAAGCUCUUUUAGAUUGGUUACGUAAAACUGAAAAACGGCUAACAGAUGAGGGUCCAGUACAUGGAGAUUUAGACACUGUAAUGGCUCUAGUUGAACAACAUAAGGUGAAUACAUUGAUUGUAUGAUAUUAGUUUUUAUUUGAAUACAUAAUAACUAUUGUUUUUAUUUUAGUCGUUUGAAGAGACAUUAUCUAAACGUUAUGAACAAAUGAAAACUGUUAGACAAACUGGUAGAGAUCUAAUGUCCAAAGCUAAUAGUGCAGACCGAGUUAUUAUACAAAAUCAAUUAGAUGAAUUGGAAGGUUUAUGGAACCGUACUAGUAACCUGUGUGAUAAACGCACCGAACGACUUGAAGAUGCAUUAAAACAGGCAAGUUAAUAGUUUUAAUUUAAAUGAAAAUAAUACAUUUAUUACUUUUAUUAAUUAUUUUUAAUUUAUUCAGGCUGAACAGUUACAUAAAUCUGUUCAUUUGUUAUUGGAAUGGUUAUCAGAUGCAGAAAUGAAAUUAAGAUUUAUUGGACCAUUACCAGACAAUGAACAAGAAACCAGAAACCAACUAAAUGAACACAGAAAGUUCAUUGAAGAGAUGUCUGAUAAAGAGCAUGAAAAAGACUCAACCGUGACACUGGCACAAGAUAUUCUGGGAAAAGCUCAUCCCGAUGCAGUUGGUGUCAUCAAACAUUGGAUAACUAUAAUUCAGUCCAGAUGGGAAGAAGUAUGGACUUGGGCUAAACAAGUAAAAAAAUAUUCAUUUAAACUACAUAUAUUAACUGUUAUAAAUUAAUAAUUGUCAAAGCACGAUAAGAAAAAUAAAUUAAUUUAAUUUUUCUUUUUUAGAGAGAACAAAAACUGAUAGAUCAACUUCAGUCUCUUCAGGACUUAGAUUCGUUGCUAGAAGAAUUAUUCUCUUGGUUGACUAGACUAGAAAACCAAUUAUUGGAUCUAGAACACGAACCUUUACCUGACAGCAUUGAAGUUGUCGAAAAACUUAUUGAUGAACACCGUGAGUUCAUGGAAAACACUGCUAAAAGGCAAACCGAAGUUGAUACUGUGUGCAAAGCUAAACAACCGGCCGCUCCAGUGGGUAGAAAACCAUCAGCUAAAAAAAUAUCUGCUAUCAGGUAUGUUAUCAUAAUAUUAAUAUAUGGCAAUAUUAUAUUAUUUAACAUACCAUAUUGUUAUUAUGUGUUAUGAAAAAAACAAAUUUUUUUCAGUUGCAUGAUUGUUUAAUUUAAAGCUUAUUGUGUUUUAAAAAAUAUUUUCACUUUGUGUUUGCUUAAUGAUUAAUAUAAAAUAUUAAAAUGUAUUUUCACAAUAUUGCACGCUAAAAAUCAAUAUACUUUAUAAGAUUGCACUUUUUGCACAUUUUCAGCCGAGAGGACUUGGCUGGCAGCUCAUAUGAUCUGACUGAUCAACGCAGACAAAGGUUGGUACAAAAAUAUACAUGGCAUAUUUUGUCACUUGUUUGGUAUAUUUAUAGUUAGUGAUGAACUAUUAAUUUUUACAUAUUGGAUUGAUCACAUUGCAUGCUAUUUAUCACUGUGUUGUAUACAAAUUUAAAAUACAAACAAGAUACCUAAUAUACCUAAUUAAAUACUUUAACUUCAAUCUAUAUCCAGAAUGGCUAUUUAUGAUUAAUAAGAAUAGAUGGUUUUUGUUUUUAAACAUAUUUCUUUAAUUUUAAUUUUAGUGAAAUAUAUUUUAUAUCAUUUCAUUUUUAUAACUUGGGGUAGUCAAAAUUUUAAAGAUGUGUGUAAUAUUUUGAUGAGAAUAAUACAAUUAUUGUAAUUUAAAUAUAACAUUUUUAUAAUUUUUAAAUUUUAAAUUUGUUUUUAUAACAUUGCUUUUUAUAUUAUUAAUUAUAAUUUCAUAAUAUUUUUUUUUUCUGUUUAGUCGGGGUAGUACAAUCGCACGAGACAAAUCUAUGGAUCAUUUACCACAUAUUGGACCUCGAUUCCCAGCCAAAGGAAGGUAUAUCAAAAAGUCAAAGAUUAACAUAUUAUUUAUUAAUUAAUGUUGUGUAUAAAUACUUUCUUCUGUCACUAUUCUUUAUACAUUUUUAGCAGCUUAGUUUAGUGUUUGUGUUUUGUUUAAUUUGUAUGUAAAUAUGAUUUUCAUAAUUAUAUUAAUUUUUGUAUAAUAUUGGGAUUUUUUUUCUCUUUUUAUUAUGAGUAGUAAAGUGGAAGAGCCUUUAUUACGUAAUUCGCGUUCACGACAACUUUGGGACAAAUGGCAUAAUGUGUGGUUGAUGGCUUGGGAACGUCAACGUCGACUUCAGGAACAUUUGAACUACUUGAGGGAAGUUGAAAAAGUCCGAAACUUUUCAUGGGAUUUGUGGAGAAAACGAGUAUGUGUAUAUUUUAAUGUUUAAAAUAUAUAUCAUUUAUAAUAAAAACCUUGUAAAAUCUAAUAAAUAUCAUUUUUAUAAAUUAAUAUUGUAAAAUUAUAAACAGUUUUUUGUUUGAUAUAAUUUUAUUAGAAUAAUUAAAUAAAAGAUAUAUUAUAUAAUACACUCUUCCUUAAAAAUUGUAUUUAAUCAUGAUCAUUAAUUUAUUUUUAUAGUUCUUAAAGUUCAUGAAUCAUAAGAAAUCUCGACUAACUGACCUGUUCCGGAAAAUGGACAAGAACAAUGAUGGUCUUAUACCCAGAGAGGACUUUAUUGACGGAAUCAUGAAAACUAGUAAGUUUUAGGUUUCCCAAGUAAACAUUUACAGAUUCAAUCAUAUUGGCACGAUUACUAUACUAAUGUACUAGCACAGCAGUUCUUAAACUUUUGGUGCACAUGGACCCCUGACAAAAAACUUCCAGAUUCCCUCCCUACCAAUACCUCUUUUUACAAAAUAUCUCAUAUUACAAUCAAUAUUUACUGAUAGAGCCACCGCGGACAAGUCAACAUGAAUAUUGUGGUCGUCCAAGGGGCUGUGGACCACAGUUUAAUAACUGCUGUACUAAUAUGAAAAUAAUACUAAUGAAAAUUUACACUAACAAAUAUGUUUAGAAUUUGAUACCAGCAAAUUAGAAAUGAAUGCUGUGGCUGACAUGUUUGAUGAAGAUAAACUUGGUUUAAUUGAUUGGAAAAAGUUUAUUGCUGCAUUACGGCCAGACUGGGAAGAAAAGAAACCGGUAGAUACUGAAGCCGAAAAAAUUCAUGACGAAGUCAAAAGACUGGUGAUGUUGUGUACAUGUAGACAGAAGUUUAGAGUGUUCCAAGUUGGAGAAGGAAAAUAUAGAGUAAUUUUACAAUAAACUGUUUUAUAAAAAGGAUGCUAAUUUUUUUGCUCUCUUUUUUAUAUAGUUUGGUGAUAGUCAGAAACUACGUUUAGUCCGAAUACUGCGAUCAACCGUUAUGGUUCGUGUUGGUGGCGGUUGGGUUGCCCUCGACGAAUUUCUGGUUAAAAAUGAUCCAUGCAGAGGUAUGUUUAUUGUUUACCACAUUUUACUGUACUUAAAAAAAGGAUUAAUGAUAAUUAAAAUAAAUUUUAACCGAUGGCCGGGUAAAUUUUGGUCAGACAUAAAUGACUUAUAAUAUUUACUAAUAAAUAAGUUAAUUUUACUGUUUAUUUUAGUAUCUCUUAACCAGUGCCUCGUUUGUACAAGGGUAAACAGAUAUAAACGCGGUUAACCAAAAGAAAGCAAAUGUUAAAUACAUAACAUAAUGCCUAUAUAUUAUACUAUAAAUAAUAAUAAUUAAAAACAAACUCUUGAGAAAGUAAAUUGAAAUCAUAAUUAUUAAACUAUAAUAAUAAUAAUUAUUUUAUACCAUAUUAUUAUUACUACCUAUUCAAACGCAUGUGUAUAUUAUAUUGUUAUUAACAUCUAAGGAUUUUAAUUUCCAAAGUACGUAAUUAACAUAUGCAGAUAUACUGUUGUUUUUUAUUGAUUUUUCAAUUUUUCAUUUUUUGUUUUUGUUUUAUCCUUGUCCACCGUUGUUUCCUGUAUUCUCAAAAUAUCAUUUUCGUAUUAUUUUUUUUCGGUUUUUAUUUUUGUUUUUAUUUUUUGAUUGAGUUUAGUUGAAAUGUUGCCGAUGCCCAACCCAUUCGUGCCCGAAGAACACGAACCGUGGUGUCCUUACAGCCUAAUCCAAUUGAAUUGUAUGAUCGCUAUUAUAAUAAUAUGUCGUUUCAUUGGUUUUUUUCAAAAAAAAAUUUUUUUCUCUGCACGUGGUAUUUGUUUAGGGGUUUGCGUUUUGUUUUGUAUUUCUCGGCGGUAUCUAAUACCGUAUACUCUUUAUAAGCCUUCUUCAACGACCAAAAAGGUAUGACGCGGUCGUCGUUAGAUACACACACACACGGUGUUGUAUUAUUAUUAUGAAAAUUAAGAACCAUUUAGCUACGAUCCUGUGUGAACACAUAUUUGCGCACUGUAAUUUUUUUCUGUAGUUUACGUGUGAACUACAGUAGUCUUUAGUUUUUUUUUUUUUUUGCCGCAUAAAGCAUUGCGAUUGUUGCUGAACUUUUUGUAGUGUUUUAUCAAACCAAGCUGCAUUUUGUGAGCAAUGCCUGCAGUUUUGUUGUUGAGUUUCGUGCUGCUGUAUCGCAUGGAUGCUGAUAACGAGUUCACUGCUACUUUUUCCUAUUCCCAAAUUCCAUAUUCUCCUUAUGUCUAAUAUGUAGGUGAAACUAUGCACACAUGGAUGUCUUGUAAACCUGCUUAGAUGCUCCCUCUCCCCUCAUUUUCUAGGCAGGUUUUUUUUUUUGUUUUAAGGAAAUUUUACUACCCUAACCUGAAAGCCAAAAAAUAAAUAAAUUUACUAUAAAAUUAUACUGUUAUAUACUGUUAUAUAAAUACCAAAUGUUUGGCAGCGAAUGGAAAGAUAGUACAUUAUGAUAAUGCAAUAGAAAGAUAAUAUUUAAAUGUAUAUGUCUACUUCCACUUAUGUGUUACAUACUAUUAAGAAAACAGAAUAAGGAAUGCAAUUGUAAAGUCGGUAGCGUAAAGUGGUGUGUCAUUGUGCUAGGUGAUAAGAUAAAAGAGAAUAAAUCGCAGAAAUGGUUCAAACAUGCAGUGAGGAGGGAUGAGUCAGAGACUGUAAGAAUAGAUUUGUAUGUGAAAUAUAAAUAAGAAGUAGUAGAUCUAAAUGAAUAUAGUUCGAUAUGAUAUAUAGAAAAACAGUACCAGAUGGAUAUCUAGAGGAGAGAGACAAGGGAAAACAUGAAAAAUAAUUCAUAGAGCUCCCCCCACUAGCCUAAAGUUGCCUGUAAACCUUUGUAUAACUCUAGUCCAAAAAUGAAAUGUUUGAAUUUCCCUUCCAACAAAACUAUUAAAAAAAAAAAAAUAUAUUGGGCCCAGAAGUCUAUGUCGAGUAGUUUCACCUAUGCAACAGGUGAUUUUUCCAUAUUAUGCUCUUUUUCUGCAAAGUAUAUUGUAACCGCUCACACCAGCAUGCUAAAUAAUUAAUUAAUAUUUAAAUAAUAUAAUUGAUAAUACGCUGAAUGCCUAACUCGGCGUGAGGACACUAAUCCGGUUUGGCUUUAAUAAUAAUAUAUUUUAGUCACACACUAAUGUUUUUUUUCUGGUUAAUUUAAAUUUUUAAUUCCAUUACAAUAUAUUAUUUAAAAAUAUUAUUAUUUAUUAUUAUUAUUAUUUUAUUUUUGUUCACUUUUUAAUUGCAAUGUGUUUGUGUUUUUUUUUUUUUUUUUUUGUUUUUUUUUUUUCGUUUUUUUUUUUUCGUUAAACAUUUUCUCCUUCUCAUCACACCUUUUCAUUUCCUUUAUUACGCACUCACAGCCAAAGGACGCACAAACAUCGAGCUCCGCGAGCAGUUCAUACUGGCCGACGGCGUGUCACAGAGCAUGUCUGCAUUCAAACCGAAACACAACGCACAACAGCAACAGCGGUCUGUGUCUACGGCCGGACCCAUCACCAAGGUAAAAUGACUAUAAUACGUGACGAAUAUAACUACGUACCUCUAAAGUAUAUUAUUAUAUAUUAUAUUACAAUAUAACGAGUCUGUAUAAUGUAAUAUAUUAUACAUCCAAGUAAGAAAGCACGGAUUUUACUACACUCCUGUGUUUGUUGUUUUCGCCUCCCAGCAUUAUAAGCAUAAUAAUUGCAUCGUGUAUAAGACAUUAUAAUAUUGUCGUGUGUGAAAAUGGCUUUGGUUUUUUUUUUUUUUUUUUGCUGCCGCUGUUUUUUUUUUUUGUUUUUGUUUUGUUUACCGACUGCGUUACGUAGUUAUAUAUUAAGUAGUCGUAUAUAUAUAUAAUGUAACAUAUUAUACAUAAUAUUAUUAGUAGUUGUUUUAUACACAUUAUACACAUUGUAUAUUGAUGGCGCGCGAGCUCCUCUACUUCUGAACUUCUGUCGGCUUGUGGUUUGUAGAGCGCUAUGAUUAUUUUAUUAUACCUAAAUAUUAUAACUGCAAAUAUAUAGCAAAGGCGGAGAUAAAACAAAAUGAAAAAGUUCUCAAGGGUUUUAAAUAAAAAUUUGAAAAAAAAAAAAAUGGUUUAUUAUAAUCGUUAAUGUAUUAUAUAUUAUGCGAAACGCUCUUUUGGUUACGUCGAGGCACUUUGGGAGAGAGCAUAUAUGAUGAGACCGUGUAAACGAUGUAGUAAAUUGAAAAUAUGUUUUUAAAUUUGAAAAAAAAAACAAACAGCCGAAGAGUUUAUGAGAGAGUUGAUGCCGAUAUUCGAGAGCUUAAGACAACGAGAGUCCUUGCCGUGUUCGUAUCCUCUUGCGAUGGGCCCCAGCAGGCAAACGCACACGUUUUGGGUAAAUUGUCAAAAAAAAAAAAUUAAAAAUUGCGUGAGAGCAUUUUUUUUUUUUUUUUUUUCUUUUUUUUAUAUAAAUAUUAUUAAUUUGUAAUAUAUUUUAUUCGCGACGGCGGCGGCGGCGAUAUGCCUUUACGUCGUAAUUGUGGUGUAAUUCGGCGGACAAAUAAUGGAAAUGCGCACUCGCACCAUCAUUAAACAUUUUAUCAUGACGAAAUAAUGAGUGUAUAUACACAUUUUUUGUAUAAUGUUUAAAAAGUCGGACGUACUUUGCACAAUGGGUAGGCCACACUGUAGCAGAUGGAAAGUUCGGAAGGUAUAAGACACACGGGGUAUUUUUACUUAUAUAUUGAAAGCAAGGAUAUAAAUCGUUUCUAUUAGUAAUGGUUCUGAGCGUGGAGUAUAAUAGUAAUAUUAGUCGUGAUUUUUCCCCUUGUAGCCAAGGUAACCCAGAAAUCAGUGCAUAAAAUAAUACUGAUGUAUCGAUGACUGUGUGACAUUUGCUGUCACUUUUUUAAAAAAAAUUAACAAAACUGCGGAGAAAAUCGAGAUUUUUUUUCAAUUACAAUAUUACCGAGCGAAAAAUCCGCAUAUUAUUAAGGUACAAUGCGAAUAAUUUGCAACGUGUUUUAAUAACGGAAAAAGAAUUUCCUGAGAGAAUAAAAAAAGAACCACGCAUCUCAUUAGUAAAAUAUCUAAUAGCUUCUUAUCGCUAUGCUCAGAAUCUAAUUUUUUUUUUUUAAAUAUACCGAUUUUUCGAAAGCUAUUCUUUUUCUCGGCUUCUUCAUCUCCCUGUUAUAUUCAUCACCAUUUCAUUUUAUCGAAUCCGUACGCCUCCUCAAGUCUUUCCUUAAUAUAGCCACUAUAUGUUUAUUAGUUAACUAUGCCACUAUGCCACUUUUGUUUGGCCUGUUUUCCUCCGGUUAACUUAAAUUUUUUUAAUUACUCGUCUAUUUUCCUUGUCCCAAAUGAUCAUGUUCAUACCAUCUUGAAUCUGUUCUCAAUGAGAAUUUCUUAUCCCGCAGUUCCCAUGUUAUGUAUUCCACGUUGCUCAUAGUCUACUUCGUAUUCGUUCCUAAAAUUCUAUCUGACACUAUCAUAUUUUCUUCUACUUCCAAUUUACCAACACUCACACAUUCAUCAUACAUAAUCGCUGCAACCUCUCCAAAUAUUAUUAUUAUAUUAUAUAACAGCUAUAACCGUCGCCGCCGCACGUACACGUUUAAUGUACAAUAAUACGCGUUAUUCGGUUAAAUUUAAGUCCUAUUUGUAAUUUUUUUUUUUUUAUACAUUGUCACUAACGUCGACUAAUCGUGUGUAGGUCCGCGAACGCAGUGCUCGAAGCGUGCCGAUGGGCAAGAUGGGUGUGAACCGCACCGCCGGAACGCCAGACUCUCUUAGCGACAACGAAUCUUCGCCAUACUCGAGAACGCCGGUCCGCAAACCGUCCGCACCGGCCACGCCGGCCACCAGAAGGUCGAGUGCCGGACUUACCGGAAGCCUGCCGGCCAGCCGACCGGGAAGCAGGCCGCAGAGUCGCCAAGGAAGCAAACCUCCAAGCCGACACGGUUCCAACCUGUCGCUGGACAGUACUGGUGAGUACAUCGAUGAUAAUAUAUUGUAAUGUGUUCCGGCAUCACAGAAAACUGUGUAUUGAUGACGACAAGCGUUUAAAAAAAAAGUCCCCAAAGCUCUAAAAAUUACUUAAGAAAUAACUGCUAUAGAUAAGUUUUUACAGUGAUUUAAAAUCACUACGUUCAGUGUAGUACGCUACCGCUAUGGCUACAAUUCUAGAAAAAAAAAAAGUCUAGUUAUAAAAGGGAACUUUUAUAUUAUUGUCAAUCUUAUUAGAAUACAAUACACUAAAUAUUGAUUCCAUACAAUAUAUACAAAUACAUUUUUUAUAUUUGAAGUUAUCGGUAAGAAAAAAACAUGCUAUAGUUAAAUAUUUUAUUAAAUUCGCAAUUUUAUUUUGAUAAUAAUCAAAGCACUCAAAGUACGUUAGGUACUUUACAAAAUAAAACCGCUACCAGUAUCGCUACAAAAAAGAUAGCACGCUACAGCGCAGCUGUGCUACUUCUAACCUCUGGUUUUAUAUCCACUCCGACAUAUUCAAUUUCUUGGUUUUAACAUUAGUUUUUUUUUUUUAAGAAAACUAUAGAAAAAUGGUUUGAAUUUAUUAAAGCUCCUAUAAUUUCUAUUAAAAAUAGCGAAAAAAAAAUAAAAUUCAGAAAAAGUGCGAACCAACGUUACCGAGUACUUACAUAAUUUAUUUUAUUCCACGUUACACGUUCUUUUUUUUUACGAUUGGUAUUUUAUAACUGAAAAAACUACGUUUUGAACGGGGUUUAAAAAAAUAAUUUAAAAAAUUGUGCUCUUUUUGCCGGAUUUCAAUGCCAAGUGCAUCUGUUAUGGGGUUUGGUCUUAAACAAUGAUUUCCGAGUUCAUAUAAAUUUGAUUUGUUUAACAGAUAUUUCAAAAAUGACAUUUUCGUUUUGCAUUAUACGGCGAUUUUGUUUUAUUUAGAUACGAAUCGAUAGUUAAAAUUUAAAUUAAUUUCAAUUUAGACCGUUCGAAAUAUUAUCGCAAGCAUUUUUGUUCUCGUGAAUAUCAUUUUACCAUAGUAGGUAUUUUUUCAUUCAAUAUUUCAAGAUAGUCAAUCAUGAUUGUCUACGCGUAUAGGUUUUCGAUAAUUUCUUUAUUUUUAUUAUCUCGGCCCGUCACCCCGGCUCUGACACAUAAAAACUUACACUACUGUUGUGGGCGAUAUUUUUAUUUUGUAUUUUUUUGCGGCUUUUCCGUGUGUAGAAUUUUUCCUUUUUUUUGGAGGGGGGGGGGAAAGGAUGGUGGUCGUGUUUUUCAACGGUGUUAUUUAGGCGUUUUCAUAACCUCAUCGCUUAGGUACCUUAAUAGCGAUUGCAAUUAUUGCGAUUUAAUACACCCAUGCUGCAAUAAUAUUAUACUUACUGCUGUUUCAGACUCGGCUACGCCUAGCCGCAUACCGAGACUAACGCCCGGUAAGACGCCCGCGUCCGCCGCCCGAAAAACCACGCUGAACGGACAAACUACCGUCUCCGGUAGGGGAUUGCGGUCGCCGUCCACGUUGGGCAACCAAUCUUCGACUUCUUCCGCCAGGUAACGAUUGCGUGCCAUAAAUUAUUGUUAUUAUUUUUAAUCUCUUAUCGUUUUUCGAUAUUAAUAAUAAACAAUAUACCGUAAUAAUAUUACAUUCAUCAGAACCGCCUAUAACUCCGACUAACUUUGUUAAUGAAUUUAUAUUUAUUAUACAAUUAUAUUCAGGUCCCUGUCAAUGCACAGGUCGUCGAGUAUACCUACGUUGUCUAACUCAAGUUCUAGGUAACUAACAUUUUAACCGUUUUAUAUCAUUCAUACAUAUAUAUAUAUAUCGUAUAUAUUAUUUUAUUUGUAAUAUUUUAGUGAUAAUAUCUUUUGAGCAUGUUCUGUUUACACUUUACGUCAUAAUUAAUAAUACUGCAGGGUGGAUCGUAAAGAACGCCGGAUUUAAAGUCGCCGUCUAGCCACACAUCGCAUCCGUUUGAUCUGUUCAAAGGCGAAAAACACGUAUUAUAUCAGUAUCUAUAAUGAAUACGCUAUUCGCGACAUCUUAUACGGUUUAAACGCGAACCACCCACCCCUCAAUUCACCGCGACCCAUUCACACGUUUUCCGGUUAAGUUCGUUCGUGACCCGUCGAUUCUGUUGUUUGAGUUCCAUUUCGCGGUUUGUGCCUGGAUAAACCUGCCAGCCCGUAGGAAAAAGUCGCGAGGGGCAGUCGAGUCACGGGUGUUUUGAGCCGGUUUCCUCGCAACGAAAUCUGUUUCGCGUGUACUUUACCACGAGUAAUUUAUUACAACACAAACGACGAACGGUAAUGGCGACAAAAACGCUCGUCAACUCAAAACCUCAAUGACGGCAAACAUAUAAAAGAAAAAAAAAAUAAUAAUAAAAAACGGCGAGCAGUUCACAUCCGGCGUUCUUUACGAAUCACAUAUUUUAUACUUAAAAUUAUGUAUUCCUACAUAAUAUUAUCAUAUUACGUAUCGCGGUGAUGGGCAACGUGUUUAUAUUUUUUCGAGCACGGAUUUAUACCGUAAUACAAUUUUGAAUAAGAUGCACCUACGUAUUGUUAAAUUGACCAUUGAAGAUAGUCGACGUGUCAACAUACGUCAUUCGCGUCUAUUUAAAUUCGACAAACAAACCGUGCCUAGAAUAAUAUACUGAAGGCGUUCCAAAGUUUAGAAAAAAAAAAAAAAAAAAACGUAUCGAGCGGGCGGUUUUUUUCUUCUCCUUCUCUACUGCUCAAUCGGAUUCGUUCGAAAGUAUUCUAAAUUCCCGCGAGAUAACCGAACGGUAGCGUAACACUCGGGUUUGGAAAACAAAUAACUCGUUAUAAACAUUAUAAUAUUGCAUUAUUAUUGUCGAGUCGACAAUACGGCCGGAAAACCGUCCCGGGGGCGUCGAAACCGACAGUAAUUUCUGAUCGAGUCCGCAUACACUUUGAUAUUCGCUCGCAAAUCCCAUCGUCGCGCUAUAUUCUCGUUCUCUCCGUCCGCUCCACAAUCGAUAUCCGUCUCCCCGUUUGUUUGUUUUUCCUUCCAUCUCUUUGUAAGGAAUUUUUUUUUCCUCGCGUUUCCGUCCUGUGUACACCUUUAACUCGCGCCCGUCUAUUAUUGUCCUCGCGCCGUUUCUCGGCGUACGCCAAUCUCGACCGGCCGAUCAGAAUACAACACCGUUAUGAAAAUACGCCCCCGCCGCAGGCGCAGUUCCGCCCCAACGCGUUUUGUUUUCAUCACCCGACCGAUCGCCACUAUAAUAUUAUCGUUUUUUUUUUUUUUUGAUACUGAUAUUAUUGUUAUUAUUAUUAGCGUUAUUAUUUGUUUGUAUUAUAUUUUAUUACUCACCAAUUCUGUUUGUUUCGUCCGGUCUCGGACGGUACACUAUUGCAUUAUACAGCCGUAACCAACACCCGGGUUCGAGAAUACCCGUUCCCGCGGGACCGUGUAACUUCUCCCGGGACUCGACAAUGCCCACGUUGUCGUCGUCGCCACUGUCGUCGACGCCGUCUUCCGGGUAAAACGCAACAAAUCAAAAAUCGUAACGCAUUCUUAAAGGGCGGAAUUACGAAACGUACAUUAGUUUUUUUUUUCCUUUUUCGUUUUGCUAUAUACGAAACCAUCGGAAUAUAUAUAUAUAAAAAAAACCUCACGAUAUUGCCAAUUAUCUGGCGCGAACGUCCGCCCUUUAAUAUGUAUAUAUACGUGCGUGUUCCGUUUGCGCUAUAUGUGUCAUAUCCUGUUUUGCUUCCCCUCCCCGCCCCUUUUUUUUUUGUGAUUGUCGCUUGUUGUAACACGCGUUAUUAUUGUUUACCGCGUCUUCCUGCACGCGCUUGUGUACAUAUUAUUAUCAUGUAAACGCAAUAACAUUAGAGAUGGACAUGAACGCCAAAACCGUGUGUACGAUCGAUACCAAUACCUGCGACUAAGAAACCAUUAAUGUUAUUUAUCCUCGUAACAAUAAAAUACUAAUUAAACUUUAGAUGUACCGCUAAUACACUAUAAUGUCUUAUCGUGCACAAUAAAAAAAAAAAAAAAAAUGUAUGCUAAUUUAUUUAGUCUACAAUCAAUCUAACUGCGACGUAGUGAUUAUCACGUUAUCACUUGUCAUUUUAAAACGUCGAAAUCGAUAUCGAAAAUUAUGACAUCGAUUUCGAUAUUUUGUACUGUCUUUAGUAUCGCGGUAUUGACUUGUACAUUCCUAAUACUAAUAAUAAUUGGAGAACGGGUUUAUAUGCACUUAAAAACUACCAAAAAUUAUCGCUUAGAAACGCACAAAAAAAAAAACUCAAAAAAAAAAAUAUUUCAAUUUUUUUUUCAUAUAUAAUAAUACGUACAACAAUUAAAUUUUAAAAAAUUUGAUUUAAUAAGUUAAAAGGGGGGGGGGGGAUUUUUAAAUAUUUUUACGCGCUUUUUUGUGGAUUUUAAGUGCAUAUACAAAUCCGUUCCUUAAAUUAAUAGUAGACCAAUUUCCGUAUACGUAUUUUUCUAUCUAGACAUAACAUUUUGUACUAUUGUAUGUAUGUAAUAUAGAUGUAUUAAUAAAUUAUCAUAUCACUUCCGAGUGAAACGAAACUGCCAUGUCUAUAAACCUACUUGCGUAGUUUGACCGGCUUUUCUGCGAUCGAACCUUAUUGCCGUCUUUUGGAACGCAUGUUGUGUCGAGUACCCGGUAUUGUGCUAAACCCAUCCACGCGUUGUCGCUUUAUUGUUCGUCUUUGGUUGCGUCAUCGUUCUUAAAUUAACGGUCGAGAUUUUCAACGAUUAAAACCCGGUUAUGCCAGUACAACGGUAUCAGUGGCGUGCGCAAGAGACGGGAGAUUGAGGGUUGUAUCUCCCACCCCCUCCACAUUGCUUUAAAAACACAACAACUAUGAAUGUCUGAUUUUUACCGAAUAACGAAUGAAAAUCGGCUCUUUUUGUUCCGGCUAAUUAUACAUUUCCGUUGUCUGGUUAGAUAUAGUGUAUUAUAGAAAACGAUUCUACGAUGUAUUCAUGAGUGCAAUUUACUACAUCUACCCCCCCCCUCCCUCCAUCCCGUUCAAUGUUUCCAGGGGCACGCCACCGGUGACGAUUAAUGUAAUUAUUGCGCUUUGGAAUCGGCAAUCCACGGCCACUUGUACGACGUGUGUAACAAUUCCCAUAUACGUAUACGGUUCCGGGUCAGUUGAUUUUCGGUCAAUCGCACUCAACGUCCGACCGGCCCAAUUACUGGGUUUAAUAAGCCACAGGAGGUAGAGUAGGGUUACCGACAUUCUCCCUCCCGCGAAACUUUCGAGACGUGAACACGUGGCGCAUGGUAAUUAUUUUUCGCCAACUUAAAAUCCUUUUAUCUAAUUUCCAAGUUUUAUACCUUCCCGUAGAAAAAAUGGAGGCUUGAAGUACGCCGCUAUUACUGAUUUACAAUCGAUCUAACCCAAUAUGCAUCACGAGAAAAGUAUGUAAUCCGAAAAUGAUACCUAGUUAGAAAGGUAUUGCUGAUUGCAAAAAAAAAACAGUCUGAUGACCUAUAAUGAACAACACAAAUAGCGUUUUCUACUAUUUUCCACUUUUAAAUAUUAAAACGUUAUGAAAUCUGUUGGAUGUCUUGAAUAAUGACAUUGUUGUUAUCGCCGGCAGUAUUGGCCCGAUUCAAUAACUGAGCCAACGUGCCGAGCAAUAGUUCGUACUUCGGCCUAGUCCGACCCUGCCCGUAAAUAAUAUGACAGUUCUGCGUUUCAAUUAUGCACCACGGAUGCAUUUAAAAUGGUUAACUGGACGGAUCUCCCACCCCGUCCCCUCCCGAGAUUCGGACGUCGUGGUGAUAUUGCUAGAUCUCUGCCGAUUGUUGUGGGAUUUAGAGGAAAUGAAAAUGAAAAUGUUGGUCUAACAUAACCGGGGUUAUGACGUACGGAGAAUACGGGUCCGUUGGAAAAUCUCGAUCGAACUAGCGCACCUAGUGACGCGACCGUGUCACCGUCUCUCGCCACACAGCACGGCUUGAUAAUAAUCGAUCGUGAAAUGAAACGAUUUUUCUAAUAAUACACUUUUCGUUUUUUUUUUUGUUUUUUUUAAUCAAACAGGAUGCAGUCGCCGUUGGUCGCGGCCACUUCAUCUUCCAGUUUGGCGAGAAAACCGUCCAACGCGUCCGAAACGAAACGCAGAAACUCCAAACCGGACACCCGGGAACCGUUCCGGCUCUAG